AAACAUUCCUCAUUCCUCAUCAUCAUCAUCGCGCAAGCAAGAAAGAUCGAAAAAUCAAUCCCAAAAAUAAAUCCCUAUAACUUAUUUUUAGACCCUAAAUGAGAGUCUAGUCUAACUCAUCGAGAGAGUAAAAUUCAAGAGCUGAUCCUUGCAGUCUAUCGAAUCAUCAUCUUCGUCACAACCCCCCACUAAUCAUCUUGCCAACAUCCGAUCUACUGUGAGGCACAGAAAUAUUCAUCGAAUACACAAAAUCCAUUGAAUUUUCCCUCAUCUGUGAGAUACAUUUUCCCACAGAAACCAGCAUCAUCGUCAUCAUCAUCGCAACCAUCGCCAAGUGAGAGAAAUCCAAUUUUUGCGCUAGCUAUAACGAUCACCUCAGAUCACUUUUAUUUCAUUCUUCGCUCGCACCUCAAAAACGAUCGACGUCUUGGUUUCAGUCUCGGGGAUUUUGACUUGAAACAAAUUUUUUUUAUUUUUAAACAUAUAAGUAAAAUAUACAUAGAGUUAAAAAAAGAUAGAUUUUCUUAAAAAAAAAUAGUUAAAAUUAUUAAUUUUCGUGAUUGAAUAAUUCUUCAAAAAUAGAAAUAGAAGAAGAAGCAAAAAAAAAAAAUUCACAGUGGUUUAAAAAUAGCAGAGGAAAAAAUUGUGUGAGAAAAUUUCGAUAAUAGUGUGUUCUGAAAUUGUGAAAGCUGAAUUUAUAAAAGAUAAAGUGAGAUAGCCUGCAGCAAAAUUCUGUGUGUGUGAAUAAAAUUUCUAUUUUUUGUAUUUCGUGAUAUCGAAUUUUAAGUGGAAAUAAAAGAAAAAAAAAUACAAGAAAAAAAAAUAGAAAAGAAAAAUUUAAAUUGAAUUUAUAUUUAUUGUAAAAGUGAAGAAUACGCCCUCUUUUGAUGGUGUAUAGUGUUACAUAAUGCAACGACAAAAUUCAAAUCCGUACCAACAGGGUGCGUUGCAGCAACAGCAGCAGCAGCAAUCUCAACAAUUCAUCAGUCAAGAACAACAACAACAAUAUUCUCAACAAGUAUCAUCAUCAACUCAGCAGCAGCAAAGUUUUAGCCGCACCGAACAUCAUGUUCAAAGGAGUCAAGUUACAACUCAGCAGAGAGUUCAACAACACCAUGGUGGCACAACCAUUAUGCAACAACAACAAAUCCUACCAUCACUGACACACGUUUAUGCCCAAGGUGACAUUUCGCCGCCAGUCUUCGAACAGAUCUUCCGUAAUGCCCGUUUCGCUCAGGGCGGAAAUGCCAUGUUCGAAGGCAAGCUACGUGGCAAUCCAAAGCCAUUUGUUACUUGGACCCGAAAAGGCGCACCACUUCUCGAGUCUCACAAGUAUCGGAUGAAUUAUAACGAAGUCACCGGCGAAGUGUCGCUGCUCAUCAAUCAAAUUGGGCCUGGCGAUGAAGGUGAAUACACAUGCAGCGCCCGCAAUCAAUAUGGCGAAGCUAUAUGCUCAGUUUUCAUUCAGCCCGAAGGUAUGGCAAUGCCAGUGUUGCAGCCAAUUCAAACCCACGACAAGUCCAUGUACACCAAUGGCUACUCCUUCACAUCCAUCGAAGAGGAGUUCCGUGUGGACACAUUCGAGUAUAGACUAUUGCGGGAGGUCUCAUUCCGAGAGUCCAUUACCCGACGAACACAGUAUGAAUCCGACUUUCAGCUUUCGACCGAAGUUGAUCGUGCCCUUGGACCUGCUUUCGCACCGCAGAUCAAUACCAAGCCACGCAACUCAAAACUCGUCGAAGGCUCUGAUGCCGUAUUCACUGCCAAAGUUGGAUCGAACCCGAAGCCAAGGUUGACAUGGUUCCGCAAUGGUCAACGUAUUAUGCCAUCGGCUAAACAUGAGAUCUCUUAUUCGAGCAAUAUGGCAACUCUACGUGUGAAGAAUGCUAAUCUUCAAGAUGCCGGACAUUACACUUUGUUGGUGGAAAAUGUCCAAGGUUGUGUAGUCUCAUCUGCUGUGUUGGCCGUUGAGCCAGCUACUGAAUCUUCGCAUGAACCAAAGCCUGUUGAUAUCAUGGCUGAACAGUUGGAGGCCGGUAAGGCUUUGCCACCGCAAUUUGUACGGGCCUUCACCGAUCGUGAAGCUACCGAAGGCCGCAUGACUCGUUUCGAUUGUCGCGUCACUGGAAACCCUUAUCCCGAAGUCUACUGGUUCAUCAAUGGCCAGAUGAUUAACGAUGAUGCCACCCACAAGAUAUUGGUCAACGAAUCCGGUAGCCAUUCGCUGAUGAUCACCAACGUUAGCCGUUAUGACGGUGGUGCAGUUCAGUGCUUAGCUCGUAAUAAGGCCGGCGAAGUUGCCAUCGAAGCUCAACUAAACGUGCUCGAGAAGGAACAAGUUGUUGCACCACAAUUCGUUCAGCGUUUCCAAACACUCACGGUACGUGAAGGCGAACCAGUUGCACUCAGUGCCAAUGCUAUCGGAACACCAGUUCCCAGGAUCACCUGGCAAAAAGAUGGUGUCCAAAUUAGCUCGACACAAGAUCGUUUCGUUGGCAUUGAUGGCGGAGCUACAUGCUUGGAAUUACCACGUGCCACGCCAGCUGAUGCUGGUUGGUACCAGUGCACUGCACAGAAUGUUGCAGGAUCGACGGCAAAUCGUGCCAGACUCUAUGUAUUAGAAACUCCCAGAGAUCAGCCCCAAGAACAAAGACGUCUACAGUUACCAAGGCCCACUAAAGUUAUCGAACCAGAACCUGUUCCUGGGCCAGAAAUCAUUUAUUUGCGUCAUGUGGAACGCGCCAAGCCUCAUUUGCGUCCCGGCGAAGAGGACCGCGUCUAUCCACCACCGCAAUUCAUCAUACCACUACAAAAUGUUCAACAGACCGAAGGAGGACGCGUCCAUAUGGAAGCUCGCAUCGAACCAGUGGGCGAUCCUUCAAUGGUCGUUGAGUGGUUCCUAAAUGGAAGACCACUUGCUGCAAGUUCCCGUGCCACAUCAGUCUUCAAGUUUGGAUUCAUCGCUUUGGAUUUGAUCACUAUCAUCGAACAAGACAGCGGCGAAUACAUGUGCCGUGUCACCAAUGCCACCGGAAUGGCAGAAUCACGCGGCAUUCUAACUAUUGUUCAACGUCCAUCAAUCGAACAGAGGUCACAACACCCAAGCAGCUUGCAAUACAUCAGCCAGCUCGAAGACUACUCGAAAUACUCUCGCCAAGAGAGCACCGAAGAGCUGAUGAGCCAAAAACCAGCUUUCAUUAAGCCUCUAUAUGACUUGGGCGAAUUCGAAGAGGGCAAAAACAUUCACUUUGAGGCCCAACUAACACCCGUUAACGACCCAACAAUGCGUGUUGAAUGGUACAAAGAUGGUCGCCCCAUUACAGCCAGUUCGCGAAUCACUGCAAUCUUCAACUUUGGUUAUGUCUCCCUUAACAUCAUGCACCUACGGGCUGAAGAUGCUGGUUCGUAUACCGUUCGUGCUGUCAAUAGGGUCGGUGAAGCCAUUAGUACCUCAACUAUACGCGUCAUCUCAAGAAGUCAAGUUACUGCUGAUUUGGGUAUUCCCGAACAGCAACGUUAUAUCGAAAAGGUCGAAGAGUUGGAACAAUACCAAAAGUCUCAACACAAGAAAUAUGUUCAUGAGGUCCCAGAACCAUCUGGACCUCCAGUCUUCAAGACUCCAAUUAAAGAUCAAGUUGAUAUGCGGGAAGGAGCCUAUGCUCAUUUCGAAGCCCGUUUAGAACCAGUUGGAGAUUCAACCAUGCGUGUAGAAUGGUUGAAAGAUGGACGCCCACUCGAAGCAAGCUCAAGAAGUACAACUUUCUUCAACUUUGGUUAUGUUGCUUUGACCAUCAAACAACUAACAAUUUAUGAUGCUGGCGUUUAUACUUGCAGAGCCUACAAUUCGCUUGGGCAAGCAACGACAUCGGCCAAUUUGACCGUUCUAUCAAAGAAGGCAAUUGUGUCCGAAUCACAACACCCAGGUGGUAUGCAAAAAAUACAACACCUGGAAGAUUCAUCGAGAUACGCUCGUAGCGUUGAGGAAGAAACUAAAAUCACUCAGAUUCCUCGUUUCUUGGGACCCAUGAAGGGUACCAAUAAAAUUUUAGAAGGUCAACGUGCUCAUUUCGAGGCACGCGUUGAACCACAAUCAGAUUUGUCUAUGAAAAUCGAAUGGUAUCAUAAUGGCAAGGCCAUUACAGCCGCCAAUCGUAUACAAACUUAUUAUGACUUUGGUUAUGUCGCUUUGGAUAUAUCAGCUGUGAGGGCUGAUGAUGCCGGUGUUUACACUGUGGUAGCUAGAAAUAAGCUAGGUGAAGCUCAAUUGUCGGCAACGAUGGUAGUUGAAACUCGUUCCAGUAUUGACACAUCUAGCAUGCAUCGUGGUUUGGUUGAAAAAACUCGCCAAUUGGAGGGCCAAAGGUUCGUUGAGCCCCAAUAUGACAUUGAGGAAAUCUCGAAAUCCAAACCCAUCUUCGUUCAACCUUUGUCAGACCCCAAACCAAUGCACGAAGGCAAGAAUAUUCACUUGGAAUGUCGCCUUGAACCUAUGGGAGAUCCAACAAUGAGAGUUGAGUGGUUCCAAAAUGGCCGCCCAAUCACUGUUGGUUCCCGUUUUAGGACCUACUAUGACUUUGGCUUUGUAGCUUUGGAUAUUGUCCAAACUAUCGCCGCUGAUUCAGGAGAAUACACCUGCCGGGCUACCAACCAUCUCGGCUCGGCUCAUACUUCGGCCUGUGUUCGCAUCAUUGAUCGUUCUGAUAUUGUCACCGAAACUCAAAAUGAAAUGUCAUUGGAGCAAAUUCAGCUUCUGGAAGAUGCUUCCCGUCGUCGUCAGCAUGUGGUUGAGGAGAUCACCGUUAUGCAAGCUCCUCAAUUCACCCGACCAUUGCACAAUAUCGAGACAAUGGAAGGUACAAAUGUCCAUCUUGAGUGCCGUUUGCAACCUGUUGGUGAUCCAACCAUGCACGUUGAAUGGUUUGUUAAUGGCCAACCCUGCAAGACUGGUCAUCGUUUUAGACCAGCUUAUGAAUUCGACUAUGUCGCUUUGGAUCUUUUGGGAGUGUACGCUAUCGAUUCUGGAGUUUACACCUGUCAAGCUCGUAACCAGCUUGGUGAAGCUGUGACUUCAUGUUCAGUUAGAAUUAUUGCCAAGAAAGAUCUUGUCUUGGAUACCCAAAAUGCAUCGGGUUUACAGAAGAUCCAAUAUUUAGAAGACUCUUCCAGAUACAAGAGGUCUGAAUAUGUUGAUGAAACUAUUAAUAUUCGUCCACGUUUCUUAACUCAUCCAAAGAACCUUGGAAACAUGCGUGAAGGAGCUCAUGCACACUUUGAAUGCAAGAUUGAACCAGUUACCGAUCCUAACUUGAAGGUUGAAUGGUUCAAAAAUGGAAGACCUAUUACCAUCGGUCAUCGUUUUAGACCAAUUCAUGAUUUUGGCUAUGUAGCUCUUGAUAUUGUCGAUCUUAUUGCUGAAGAUUCUGGUGUUUAUACCUGCCGUGCUCAGAAUCUUGUCGGAGCCGAUGAGACUCGUUGUGAGUUGAUUUGUCGCAGUAGUGAACAAAUUGUUACUGUCACUCAGAACGAAGCUGGUUUGGAGCAAAUCCAUUAUUUGGAAGAUAGGUCUAAAUAUAGUCGCCGUGAAGAAAUCGACGAGACAACUAAGCAGGCGCCGGUCUUCACUACCUCUUUGAAGAAUAUCGACAUUAAGGAGAAUCAACGUGCUCACUUUGAGUGCCGUUUGAUUCCGGUCUCUGAUCCAACAAUGAAGGUCGAAUGGUAUCAUAAUAACCAACCUCUCAAAUCGGGAUCAAGGUUUACCGAGACCAAUAACUUUGGAUUUGUCGCACUUGACAUUAUGUCUUGCUUGCCAGAAGAUGCCGGUACUUAUACCUGCCGUGCUUAUAACGCUAUCGGUGAAGCUGUUACAUCUGCUAUCGCUCUCGUUCACACUAAGAAGUCGAUUUACAUGGAAUCACAGCACGAAGGUGCUUUACACCGUUUGCAAUACCUUGAAGAGUCUGCUAAACGUCAAAAAAUGAGCGCUCAAGAGGAAGUUAUAACUCAAGCCCCUGUCUUUACAAUGCCAGUUAGGGAUGUCCGUGUAGCUGAAAAUCAAGCUGUUCACUUUGAAGCCCGUUUGAUCCCGGUUGGUGAUCCUCAUUUGACAGUUGAAUGGUUGCAUAAUGGUCAACCAAUUGAAGCUUCUAACCGUGUUACAACAAUGCACGACUUUGGCUACGUAGCCUUGAAUAUGAAAUACGUUAACCCUGAAGAUUCUGGUACUUACACUUGCAGGGCUGUCAACGAACUUGGUCAAGCUGUAACUUCAGCUACUUUGAUUGUUCAAUCGAAGGCUGCUCUUCAAAUGGAAACUCAAAAUGAAGCUGCCAUGCAUAAGAUCCAUCAACUUGAAGAUCAUACCAAGUAUACACGUCGUGAAGAAGAGGAAAUCGAGGUCACUCAACCACCAAGGUUUAUUACCCGUUUAAUCGGGCCAACGAACUUAGUUGAAGGCCAAAGUGCUCAUUAUGAAUGCCGUAUUGAACCUUAUCCCGAUCCAGCUUUGAAGGUAGAAUGGUUCCAUAAUGGAAAACCAUUGACCACAGGUCAUCGUUUCCGAAACACUUACGACUUCGGAUUCGCAGCUUUGGACGUUUUGACUGUCUAUGCUGAUGAUAGCGGUGAAUACACCUGCCGCGUUACUAAUAACUUUGGAACAGCAAUUUCGUCUAUCAACUUGAACGUUCAAACCAGGUCGUCAAUCAUUCGUGAGACCCAACACGAGGGAGCUCUCGAGAAGAUUCAAUAUCUUGAAGAUGAUACUCGCUUCCAACGUAAGGAAGAUGAAGAUAUCUAUAUGGCUGAGAGGCCACAAUUCGGAAGACCGUUACGUAACGCUAAUGUAGCUGAGGGCAGGCCAGUCCAUUUGGAAGCUACUCUAACACCGGUCAAUGAUCCAACCAUGAAGGUUGAAUGGUACUGCAAUGGUAUCCCUAUCCAAACUGGUCAUCGUUUCAAGACCACUUAUGACUUUGGAUUUGUUGCUUUGGAUAUCUUGUAUGCUCAUGCUGAGGAUACUGGCACUUAUAUGUGCAAGGCUAAGAACGCUGUCGGUGAGGCUGUUACGACUAGUGCUGUAAACGUCACAGCAAACGCCACUUUAGUGCUCGACACAAUGGACGAGCAGCGUUUAGAGAAGAUUCGCCAAUUGGAAAGCUAUGAACGACCAAAGGCUAAGGAAAUCGAAGAAAAGGGUCAGAAACCAGUCUUCCUUACUCCACUUACCAGCUUGGAGCAUCUGAAAGAAGGUGAACACGCCCAUUUGGAAUGUCGCGUUGAGCCAAUCAACGAUGCCAACCUUAAAAUCGAAUGGUUCCGUAAUGGAAAAGCUAUUGGAGUUGGCCAUCGUUUCAGAACUACCCAUGACUUUGGUUAUGUUGCUUUGGACAUUUUGUAUGCUUAUGGUGAAGAUACCGGCACUUACAUGUGCAAAGCUACAAAUCUUCUUGGCGAAGCUAUGAACACAUGUAAUAUUCGUGUACUCAACCGUCGUAGCAUGAUUUUGGAUACACAGCAUCCUGAUGCUUUGGAGAAGAUUCAAAAACUUGAAGCUAAAGCAGCUCCAAGUCGUCAAGAUAUUGAUGAUCUUCCAAUUAGCCCACCACACUUUACCGUCGAGCUGCGUGGAAAUACUGAAAUUUACGAAGGCAAAACGGCUCACUUUGAAGCACAAGUUCAACCAAUGCAUGAUCCUAAUCUUCGUAUUGAGUUCUAUCAUAAUGGAAAGCCUUUACCAUCGGCUUCACGUUUCCAUAUUACUUUUGACUUUGGAUAUGUUGCAUUAGAUAUUUCCCAUGCUGUCGCUGAAGAUGCUGGGGAGUACUCUGUAAGGGCUGUUAACAAUUUGGGACAGUGCACCUCGUCAACCAGUUUGAGAGUGAUUCCAUUCGGUGGAAUCCUCUCCGAAACCCAACAUCCAGAGGGUCUUGAGAAGAUUCGUGCACUUGAGUCGAGUGCACCCUUCCAUAGGCCAGAAGUUGAGGGACCUCAGACCCGCCAGCGUCCAGUCUUUACUCAGCCUCUUCAAAACAUCGAUCGUAUCAAUGAAGCCCAAACAGCUCACUUUGAAGCCCGUCUUAUUCCAGUGGGUGACCCGAACCUUAAGGUCGAAUGGUACCGUAAUGAAAAACUCAUCGAGGACAGUUCGCGUAUUACCAAACAGCACGACUUUGGAUUUGUCUCUCUUGACAUUUCCCACAUUCGCAAAGAAGACGAAGGCGUUUACAUGUGCCGAGCUGUCAACCCACUCGGAGAAGCUGUUACAACAGCCUCAAUGCGUGUUGUCACCGAGGCCAGCAUUCAAAUGGAUACCCAGCAUCCAGAAAGUAUUGGACGGAUUCACCAACUUGAGCGACCAACAGCUCCCAAACCUGAAGAACCAGAACGUAUGUUCGAGAAGCCCAUCUUCACCCAAUUGCUCACCGGUCCAUCAGAGCUGUGGGAAGGACAACAUGCUCACUUUGAAGCUCGUGUUGUGCCAGUUGGUGAUCCAACUUUACGUUUCGAAUGGUAUGUCAAUGGAGUUGAACUUCAAAUGGGAUCACGUCUUCGUACAACUCAUGACUUUGGAUUCGUCACUUUGGACAUUAGUUCGGUUGUUAAGGAAGAUUCUGGAAUGUACAUGUGCAGGGCUUAUAAUGCAGCUGGUGAGGCUGUAUCUUCAACUGGCAUGAAAGUCAAGACCAAGUCAUCGAUUGCUGGAGAACCAUUGAUCCCAGAAUCCUGGGAAGCAAUCAGAUUGAAGGAAGCUGCCAUGAAUCGUGUUCCAGAGAUGUUUGUUGACACAUCACCACAACAAGCUCCAGUUUUCACCACACAUUUGCAGAGCUUUGAUAAAUUAUCCGAAGGACAACAUGUUCGUUUGGAAGCUCAAGUUGAACCUAGAGCUGAUCCUAAUCUUCGAAUUGAAUGGUUCAAGAAUGGAAUUACUCUUACCACUGGAGCUCGUAUUCGCAGUACUUUCGACUUUGGUUUGGUCAAUUUGUCCAUCAAUGGGCUUCGUGCCGAUGAUUCUGGCAUUUACACCUGCAAGGCUACCAAUUUGAUUGGUGAAGCUGUAUCAACUUCGUCACUAAAGAUUGAAGAUCGCCACUGGUUGAUGGCUGAUACUCUUCACCCAGAAUCACUGCCACGCAUUGACGCCCUUGAAGCACCUAAGGAAGGCCGUCCUGCAGCUCCAGAGCCAGUUUAUGAAUCUCCAGUCUUUAUCACUCAUUUGAACAACAUCGAGUGCAAGGAGAACGAAAGUGUUCGUUUCGAAUGCAAUGUCGAACCAGCUCGUGAUCCAACCAUGAGAAUUGAAUGGUUCUACAAUGGCAAUCCAUUGCCAGCUGCAGCUAAAUUCAAGAGUAUUUAUGACUUUGGUUAUUGCGCUUUGGAUUUGACAAGUUGUUAUGCCGAAAAUAGUGGAAUCUACACAUGCAAGGCUACCAACAGCAAGGGUUCAGCUACAACAUCGGGAACUCUUAAGUGCACCGGGGAUAAGAGCAUGUUCUUUGAGACUCAACAUCCUCAAGGACCUGCAGGUCUUCAAGCUGUUCAAGAAACUGAAGAGGCUCUGGCGAACAGAAACAAGCCAAAGGAUGCCAAACCUGAGGCAGUUUAUCCACCACCAGUUUGGACUGUACCAUUGAGUCCCGAAUUCAAGCUGUCUGAAGGACAACCUCUUCAUUUGGAGGGCAAUGUCGAACCAAAAGAAGAUCCAAAUCUCUUCAUCGAAUGGUACUUCAAUGGAAAGCUUUUACAACAUGGUUCCAGAUUCAAGAUGACUAGCGAAUUUGGUUUUGUUACUUUGGACCUCAUUGAGACCUAUGAACGUGAUCAAGGCAUGUAUACUUGCAAGGCUUAUAACAGGUCUGGUGAAGCAUUCACCCAGACAACUAUCUUCUGCAGUAGCAAGGAAAGUAUCAUUGAGAGAACUCAACAUCCAAAGGGUGCCGAAGGUCUUGAACAAAUCCAAGACUUGGAAGAGUCAUUGCGUAAGGACGGAACUAAGCCCGAGUCACCAGAAGAUGGUCAAGCUCCUCGAUUUACUACAGAGUUUGUACCAAUCAUGGAUAUUGGUGAAGGUGAGAUUGCUCAUUUCGAGGCUAAUUUGGUUCCAACUGGAGAUCAGACCAUGGUUAUUGAAUGGUUCUAUAAUGGAAAAGUACUCGACGCUGGACAUCGUUUCCGUACAAUUUAUGCCUUUGGAAUGGUUGCUCUUGAAGUUUUGGGCACUAAGAUUGAAGAUUCAGGAACUUACACCUGCCGUGCCACCAACAAAUGGGGAACUGCUGAAAUUCAUGUAGAAUUGGGAUGUGUUGAUAAGCCAAAGGGUCAAAAACCAAGGUUUACAACUCACAUUCAAAGCCUGGAAGGUCUUAAGGAUGGUCAAUCGGCUCACUUUGAGUGUACAUUGAUCCCAGUUAACGAUCCAGAAUUGAAGGUCGAAUGGUAUCACAAUGGCAAGCUUUUGCGUCAUUCGAACCGCAUCAAGCCCGUCUCAGACUUUGGAUAUGUCCUCUUGGACAUUGCCUACCUUCAAGAUCACGAUAGUGGUGAAUAUGUUUGCCGUGCCUGGAACAAAUACGGUGAAGACUUCACUCGUGCCACACUCAAUUGCCGUGGACGUGGUGGAGUAUUCUCUGAUACUCUUCAACCCGAUUCUCUACAACGAAUUCGUGAAUUGGAAUGCCCACAAAUGGGUGACCAACAUGGUCCAACUACACCAACUGGAGAACCACCCAAGUUCAUUACUCAAAUUAGUGAUGCCACCAAAUUGGUUGAGGGACAAAGUGCUCACUUUGAAGCUCGUCUUACACCCAUCACCGAUCCAGAAUUGGUUGUCGAAUGGUACUUUAAUGGCAAGAAAUUGCCACAUGGACACAGAUUUAGGACGUUCCACGAUUUUGGUAUUGUUAUUCUGGACAUACUCUACUGUUAUGAAGAGAACUCCGGAGUAUACGAGUGCCGUGCUUAUAAUAAAUACGGCGAGGACGUUACUAGGGCGACACUUAAGUGCUCAUCAAAGGCUAGUUUGAUUUUGGACUCGCAACUACCGCGAGGCAUGGAGGGAGGCUUGGAAAAGAUCCAAAACUUGGAAUACUCCAUGGUCCGUUCCCGUGAUGAGACAGUCGAAGAAACACGCGGUAAAGCACCAGUGUUCACUGUACCUCUUUCGAAUAUCGACAACUUGCGCGAAGGUGAAAAUGCUCACUUUGAGGCCCGUUUGACACCAACCAACGAUCCCAAACUUAAAGUCGAAUGGUAUUGGAAUGGCAAACCGUUGCGAGCUGGUUCUCGCUUCCGUACAUUCUGUGACUUUGGUUUUGUUAUUCUUGAGAUCUCACCUGUAUAUCCUGAAGAUUCUGGUGAAUUCUCAUGCCGUGCCAUCAACGAGUACGGUGAAGCUGUUACCACAGCUACCAUGAAGAUUCAAGGAAAACGUAGUAUCAUUAUGGAAUCUCAGUUGCCAAAGGGUAUGGAAGGCACUAUCGAUCGUAUUGCCGAACUUGAAGGUCUCGGAGCUGGACGCAGUGAAUUCGUUCAGGAAGAUGACUCUGGUAAGCCACCAGAGUUCAUUACAACACCAUUCGACAUGGUUAUCACUGAGAAUUCGUUGGCUCACUUUGAAUGCCGCUUGCAACCGAUUAACGAUCAAAGUAUGCGAGUGGAAUGGUUCCACAAUGGCAAGGCAUUGUGGGCUGGUUCCCGCAUCAAGACCAUCAAUGACUUUGGAUUUGUUAUCCUUGAAAUUGCCGGUUGUUAUCAACGUGAUUCUGGUUUGUACACCUGCAAGGCUACCAACAAGCAUGGUGAAGCUUCAGUCUCAUGCAAGUUGCAAGUUCGUGGACGCCAAGGUAUCAUAAUGGAACCACAAUUGCCAUCGAACUUCCGCAGUGGCACUGAAAGCUUACAAAAGCUCGAAGAGAGUCUGCACAAGCGUGAAGAGAUUUUCAUCGAUGAAGAACAACCAAAUCCACCAAAGUUCACCGAAGACAUUAAGGACAAUUUAGACGUUCAAGAAGGUGGACCAAUUCACUUUGAUUGCAAGGUAGAGCCAGUUGGUGAUCCAACAAUGAGAAUUGACUGGUUCUUCAAUGGACGUUCCCUGGCUACUGGCUCAAGGGUUCAUAUGUUGAAUGACUUUGGAUUCAUUGCGUUGGACAUUGAUUAUAUCUAUGCUCGUGAUUCUGGUGAAUAUAUUUGUCGAGCUACCAAUAAGUGGGGAACUGCCCAAACUGUUGCUAAGGUUACCUGCAAGGGCAGGAGCAAUAUUGUGUAUGACUCUCAAUUGCCAGAUAGUAUGACUGCUGAAAAAUUGAAGGAACUCGAACGUGGACGUAUUGUUGAACAACCAAAAGCUAUUGAAGUGACAUUUGGACCACCAAAGUUCAUUACCGAGAUUGCUUCAGUUAUGGCUGAAGAAGCUGAGGCUAUUCGAUUUGAAUGUCAAGUUGAGCCGAAAGAAGAUCCAAAACUACGUAUUGAAUGGUAUCAUAAUGGUAAAAUGAUUCCAAUUGGACAUCGUUACCGAACAGUUCAUGAUAUGGGUUUCGUGUCUUUGGACAUUUUGUACGUUUACUCUGAGGAUUCUGGUGAAUAUACCUGCCGUGCUGUGAAUGACUUUGGUGAAGACCGUACUGUAGCAACUAUUUCCUGCAAACAACAACCAUCAAUUGUCCUUCAGAACCAAGUGCCAAGAGGCAUGCAUCGUAAUGAAACCAUCACUCAGAUGGAAGCAGCCAUCAAGAGGUACACAUCCGAAGUGCAUCUUACUGAAGAUGAUCUCUUCGAUCCAGAUCGCAAGCAACCACCUAGAUUUGUUACCCAAAUUAAGGAUCAAACCAAAUUGACGGAAAUGCAAUCGACCAAGUUUGAGUGUCAAUUGGCUCCUGUUGGAGAUCCAAAUAUGAAAGUUGAAUGGUUUUUCAAUGGCAAACCAUUGUUGCAUAAGAAUCGAUUCAUGCCAAUUUAUGAUUUUGGCUAUGUAGCCAUGAACUUUGGAUGGGUUUACCCAGAAGAUAGUGGUGAAUAUGUCUGCCGUGCUACCAAUUUAUAUGGCAAAGAUGAAACAAGGGCUAUAAUUAAGACAACUGGCAAACCAGGUAUUGUGUAUGACUCACAAGUACCAAGCUACAUGAAUAGUAUCGAAAGAAUUCGAGAGAUGGAAGCAUCAUGGCAAGUUGUCCCUGAAGAACCUGAUCCAGAUGCAAAACCAAGAUGUGCACCAACAUUUGUUAGCAAGUUGGAACCACAAACUGUAGAAGAGGGUGAACCAGCGAGAUUCUGUGUUCGUGUCACUGGACAUCCACGACCAAGAGUUAUGUGGCUUAUCAAUGGACACACUGUUGUACAUGGAUCUCGUUACAAGCUUACAAACGAUGGAAUGUUCCAUUUGGAUGUUCCAAAAACACGACAAUACGACACUGGCAAAGUAGAAGUAAUUGCUCGCAAUUCAGUUGGCGAAGCAAUUGCUACAACCGAACUUAAAGUCAUUGCCCGUUCUGAUGACUAUCGUAGCAUUUUGAAGAAUUCACCAAGACCCUGGUAUGAUCAAGAGCUAUCAAUUUACCAAAAAGAACGUCAAGAAAAUGAAUUGGAAAAAACAUUCGAAGAACGUAAACACUAUUUGGCUGAGCAAAGUGGUGCCAAUCUUAAAGGAGUUGAACACCUUAAACAAAAGGUUAUCAAACCUGAAGUACCAGCUUGGCAAAAGACUGUCAAAUCGAAGAAAAACGAAGAUUACUACAGCAAAUUGCAAGAACUUGAAACCGAACAAUUGUUGAAGGAGACCAAAUUACGUGAAGAACAUCAUCAAUUUGCAAUUCCCGGGCAAAAGGUUGUUGCCACCUCAGCUGCCAAGGGUAUGGCACAGAACUAUGAAGAGAGCUUAGAAAAAUCAGAGUCAUUGGAACAACAAAAGACCAGCACAACCCAAAAAAUCCAGAAGAAGGGUCCUGUAGAGCCAUCAGAAUCAUCGGUACAUGGUCGCGAAGUGCACAUGAACAAACAAAAACAAGUUCAGAAGCAAGUCGUAGGAGAUCUUGAGAUCACCCGAAAGAUCACUGCAACCGAAACCACAGAAGUCGAACACAAGGGCACAAUUCAAGAACGUGUCGUUGAAGGCCCCGUUCAACCAGCUAAGCCUCCAGUCUUCACCAAGAAGAUUCAGCCUUGCCGAGCUUUUGAGAACGAACAGGCUAAGUUCGAAGUCGAGUUCGAUGGCGAACCAAUGCCAACCAUCAAAUGGUAUCGCGAAAGCUUCCCCAUUCAAAACUCGCCAGAUUUGCAAAUCCAUACUUUCGGAUCAAAGUCGGUUUUGAUUAUUCGUCAAGUCUUCGUUGAAGAUUCAGCUGUAUUCUCUUGCGUUGCUUCAAACCGUGGCGGAACUGCUAAAUGCAGUGCCAAUUUGGUAGUGGAAGAAAGACGUCGUGCUGGAAAGGGAGGAAUUUCCCCACCAAGCUUCGUUCAGACGAUCCAAAGUACUAACGUUGCUACUGGUCAGUUGGCCCGUUUUGACGCCAAGGUUACCGGAACCAAGCCUUAUGACGUUUACUGGUUAAAGAACAGCACUAAAAUCCAACCAAACAUCAAAUACAAGAUGCUCGAAGAAGACAACAUUUACACUUUACUAGUCAUCGAACCAACACCUGAAGAUUCAGGACGUUACGAAUGUGUUGCCGUGAAUGCAGCUGGUGAAGCACGUUGCGAUGCUGAUUGUUUCGUACAAUCACCAACCAAAACCGAUAAACCAACAACACCUGGUAUUGAAAAGGCACCAGUUCUUGUUGAACCAUUGAAGAAUCAAUCGGUUGAAGAAACUAGCAAAGUUAUCUUCAAAUGUCGUGUGGUUGGUAAACCAACACCAACUGCCAGAUGGUAUCGUGGUGACAAUAUGAUCAAGCCAUCACGUUACUUCCAAAUGACCAGACAAGGUGAAUACUAUCAAUUGGUUAUAUCGGAGGCAUUCCCCGAAGAUGAGGGUGUUUACAAGUGUGUUUUGGAUAGUAAAAUGGGUACUGUACAAACUAGUGCCACAUUGAAAGUUCGUCCAUUGGAGAAUUUAGAUGCUCCACCAACAAUUACUGCUUUGAAGGAUGUUACUGUGACAGAAGGUUUGCCAGCGCAAUUUAAGACAACCAUUACUGGCAAGGUGAAGGCUACCGGGGUGCAAUGGCUGCGUGAGGGACAAUUGAUUCCUGAAACACCCGAUUUUCAGAUGAUCUUCGAUGGCAACAGUGCCGUCUUACUUAUUGGAACAACAUAUGAAGAAGAUUCUGGUAUAUUUACUGCUCGUGUAACAUCAUCAACUGGACAAGUUGAAUCAUCAGCUAAACUGACCGUUAAAAAACGAAGAAUUUCUGCUUACCAACUGCAGACAAUUGAUUCGGUAGAAGAUGAGUCGUCCUCUGGUAAAGAGGACAGCUCACCAGAGUCACCUCAACAGCAACAUUUAUAUCCACCACAAUAUACUCAAAACCUACAGGUGAACGGUCACAGUGGUCAUCGACCUAGAUCGAAGAAACCUCGUAGCAAAAGUUUACAGCCUCAGUCGAAUCUUGUUCCAUGGAGGAAGAGUUCAAGGCCACGUCGAGGCCGUUCUCUAGAGAAACAACCCUUCCUUCCUGGUUUUAAACCCGAACCAGUAAAGUCUUGGACUGAAGAACCGAUUCUGUUGAAGCCCGCUACAAUUGAAAAGAAGGUUGUUCCGAAAUAUGAAGUCGCCAAGGUCUUCCUUAAAUCGAUUAAGGAUGAACGUGAUCAAGGCUUACUCAGUAUUGGGUAUCAAUUGGAGAAGAUUAUCGAAGGCAAGACUGAGAAGGAAGCUAUUCCUUGGGUAACAAUGCGUGAGAAGUUACGAGCUGUUGAACGAGUUCAAAAGCAGCUGGAGAGCUUUGAUCUGGAAGAUGUGUACUUAUCUCCAUUGCAACAUGCUAGGGAGGAAAUAACUCCACAACAGCCUCAACAAGCCCAACAGCAAAUCAUGAAAGAACGAGAGAUUGAAAGACUGAAGAGUUUCGAAGAUGGCGCCAUUAUGGACUUUACCGAAGAAGUUGAAAAACUUAUUUCGACUCAACCAAAAACCGAUACAGUUCCAUGGAAGGAAAUGCGUAAACAGCUCAAGUCCGUACAAAAAGUUCAUAAGCAAAUUGAAAAGUUCAAGAUCGAAGAAGUCGAACUGAAGUCUGUACAAGUUCAAACAGCUACUUCGAAAAUGAUGACAAUGACCGUUGAUGAAUCUUCAAAGGCAUCGAUUGAAAAGGUCAUGACGAGGGAAGAUAUCGAAAGAUAUGAACAAAUGAGUGAAGUACAGAAACAACAAUACAUCACAACUGAAGAUAUCAAUAUUCUAACAGUGGAAGAGCGUGAAAGGUUAGAAGCUCAACGUUUGAUAAGUCAUCAACAAGCAACUAACUGGCGUAAGCCAAGAACAGACUAUCAAAAACAGAACAGUGCCUUGUUUGAAGAUUCUAGUACAAUGCAAGUAGAAGAAGUCACUACGAAGGUUAUUCAACAGCAGGCUACUGAUGAAAUCGCUGUUUACAGACGCAUGAGUAAGACUGAAAUGACACAAGAAAUGCAUAGGCAAGAGUUUACUAGCAUUGAAGACACAAAUAUUAUGCGUCUUCAGAAGAGUGAAUGGGAAAACAGUGAACUGAUAAGGAAACAAGAAGAACCUGUUCAUUGGCGACGUGGUAAGACAACACAACAGGUGGAAGAGACUAGACUUACACAUGUCGAAGACUCUACAUUCCUUGAUCGUAGGGAACAAGAAGUUGAAGAAGUUAGAAAAGAAGAAGCAAUUCUUCAACCAACACAUUGGCGUCGUGGAAAACCAACUGAAUUCCAACAAAUUGAAGAUUCUUCGUUCUUAGAAUUGAAACCGGAAGAAAUUGAAGAGGUUACUAAGAAACCUGAAGAGGUACCAGUUAUGUGGGAGAGAGGCAAGCGUAAGCCACAACAAGAAGUUGUUGCUGAAGAAUUGGCACCUGUUGAACAGAUCAAACCAAAACCAACAAGACAGAUUAUUCCACAACAACCGGAACAAGUUGAAAAGGUUGUUCUUAAGCCAAUUCCUCGGCAAAAACCUAAGCAACAAGAAAUUGUUACUGAAGACACAACAAUAGUUUCUGAAGAACGACAAGUAAUUGAAGAACAGGAAGAAAUUGUCAAACAUGUUGAAGAGAAAAUUGAAGAACGUAUUGUACAAGAAGAACAACAGGUUGAAACUCAACAAACUACAGUUCCAUGGUUGAGAGGUAAGAAGAAGGAACCACAACAACCAGAAAUGGUUGAACAGGUUUCACUUAAGCCCACUCCAAGACAAAAACCAAAACCACAAGAUGUAGUUGAAGAAGUUCAAUUGAAACCUAUUUCACGACCAAAGCCUGCAGAAAUCCAAGAAAAGGUUACUCACGUUGAGAAGGUUACUGAAGAAAUCACUGAAGAAAUCAAAAAGGUUCAAGAAGAAGUUGAAGAAUAUAUUGAAGAAAAACCACAAGAGCAACCAAAGAUUGAAGAAGUUGCUGUUCCAUGGGUUCGAGGUAAAAAAGCAGCCGAAAAACAACUUCAAGAACCUGAAAAAGUUGAACAAGUUGCACUUAAGCCAACUCCUAGGCAAAAACCAAAACCUGAAGCAGCGGUAGCUGAAGAAGUUCAGCUUAAGCCAAUUUCAAGACCAAAACCUGUAGAAAAACCAGAAAUUAUUCCUCAAGAAGAGAAGGUUACUGAAGAAGUAAUUGAAGAAGUCAGACCUGUACAAGAGGAAGUUGAAGAAGUAGUUCAACCAGAAGAACAACCUGAACAGCCAACAGUUCAAGAAACCGCUGUACCAUGGAAACGAGGCAAGAAGGCCGAAAUUCGUCCACAAGAACCGGAAAAGGUAGAACAAGUCACAUUGAAACCUACUCCAAGGAAGCAAAUUCCUAAACCAGAACCUGAAAAACCUGAAGAAGUACAAUUGAAGCCGUUUAAGAAUCAAUCGAUUGUUGAAAUUCCUCAGGAACCAGUCAAAUUGGAGCCUAUUCCUCAACCUGAGAAACCAGUAGUUGAGGAACUGGUUCAACCACAGCCACAAGAAGGUGUUCCAUGGCAACGUGGAAAGAAGCAAAAGCCACAACCUGAAGAAGUGGAAGAAAAAUCAUGGCCCACUGGUAAGAGGAAACCAUUAGAAAAGGAACCGGAGGAACCGAUUUCUCUGAAACCAGUUCCAAGGCCUGCGCCUGAAGAAGAAAAGGUAGAAGAAGUUGCUCUUAAGCCUGUGAAGCGUCCAUCACUCAAGCCUCAGAAAGAACAAAUAGAAGAAGUCGUGCUUAAACCAGUUUUAAGACAGAAACCUAAGCCAGAACCGGAAGAAGAAAUACAAGUUGCAUUGGCACCAGUUCCUAAACCAGAAGUUUUGGAAGAGGAGAAGCCCGGAAAACCAAUUGUCAUUAAGAAAAAACCAAAAGAAGAACCGGUUUCGGUUGAAGAAGCACAAUGGCCAAAGGGUAAACGUCGUCCAUUAGAACCAGAACCUAAAGAAGAAGUUCAUCUUAAGCCAGUUCCAAGGAAACCAGUUCCUGAAGCUCCAAAGGAACUUAAACAACCAGAAAUCACUCCCAAACCUCAGGAGGAAAUUCCUGUUAUUCCAGAUGAAGAACCAGUUGUUUUGGAAAAACUUGAACCUAUUGCCCCACAAGAAGUCGAAAAGGUUCCAGAAGAAGUUAAACUACCAUGGGUAAGAGGUCAAAAGAAGAAACCAGAAGAACAGCCAAUUGAAGAAAAGAAAUGGCCAAAGGGUAAGAUUCGUCCACAAGAACCUGAACCAAUGGAAGAAGUUCAUUUGAAACCAGUACCAAGAAAACCAGUUGAAGAAGUUGUUGUACCAGAAGAGAAACCCAAGAAAACUCCAAAACCAAAACAUGAAAAGCUUCCAGAAAUUCCCGAUGCCGAGCCAGUUGAAUUGGAGAAGGUUGAACCAUUCGAAAUUGAGAAGGUUCCUGAGGUACCAGUAGAACAACCAGCAGUUCCAUGGAAACGUGGAGAAAAGAAGAAGCCCGUUCCAGAGCAAGUUGAAGAGAAACAAUGGCCAACAGGCAGAAGAAAGCCAAAAGAAGCAGAGGUUCCUGAACAAGUUCAGCUUAAGCCUAUUCCAAGAAAACAAUCACAAGUCGAAGAACCAUUGGAAGCUCCUCUUCAAGCUCCAGUUUUGAAACCUGAAGAACCUCAACAACCAGAACCGGAAGAAGAAGAAAUCAUUCCUGAACCAAUCGUUGAAGAAGAAGAACCACGCAAGGAAAAGGAGAGAAAGAAGAAGAAGAAGCCAAAACUUCACAAAGCUACCCCAUCGGUUGAUGAAGUUAGUGAAGAGGAAGUGAUACCAUUCCAAGAGCCAAUCGCUGAAGAAGAUCAAGUUGAUGCUCUUCCGGUUGAUGUAACAAGUAAAAUCGCUGUAACUGAAGAAGUUCUUCCACACACAGCUGAAGAAAUUCUUACCGAAGAGAUUGUCAAACAGCGUGCUCACAAGAAACGCACAAAACGUCUCAAGGAAGUCUCGUUCGAUGAGCAACCACAACUUCUAGACGCCGAAGAAAUCAAAGAAGAGGAAAUUGUUGAAGAAGAACGUGAAAUUUCACAAAAGACAGUUACCCUUCAAAAGAAGAAAGAAGAACCAAGACCACAGUACAUAACGACGGAGCAGCUGAUUGAGGUCGAUGUUGAUGAGGUUCAUCGUGAGAUCGAAAUGAAGCUCACUUCGAACAUUGUCAAGAAAGAAAGAAGACGCAUUCACAUCGACGACAGUCAGCCGCUUCCCGAGCUGGAACUUAUUACACAAAAACGCAUUCAAGAGGGUCUUGAUAAGCUUGCCGAUGAAGAACUUAUUGAAGAUGAAGUUAUUCAACAAACUUCUGAACAAACUAUUUCUGAGGUCCAAGAGCAGGAACGAAAGAUUGUUCGUAAGAAGAAACGUGAAGUUCGUCCUCCAAGAAUUACUGAGAAAUUAAGACCUCGAGAAUGUGUUCCCGAUGCACCAGCUGUGCUAGAAUGCAAAGUUGAGGGUAUUCCAUUCCCAGAGAUCAAUUGGUAUUUCAAUGACACUUUAUUGUUCGCUUCGGAGAAGUAUGAGAUGUCUGUGGUGGAAAGUGUUGCUAAGCUGAAAAUCGUUAAGGUAACACCACAAGAUGUUGGAGUUUAUACUUGUCAAGCUAAGAAUGAAGGUGGCGUUGCAACUUCAACAGCAAAUGUUUUACUUGAAAGAGAAACAGGACUAGCUCCACAAUUUGUCAAGCCCCUCAAGAUUGAAUUCACUGAACAAAAACCAGAAAGAUGCUCAGUUACUGUGACCUGUCAAGUUGAAGGUAUACCUAAACCAAAAGUAAAAUGGUAUCGUGGUAAAGAAGAAUUGAUUCCAAGUGAAACUGUACAAAUGUUCUACGAUGAAGAAACCGGUGAAGUAGCUCUAGAGGUAAUAAAUCCACCUACCAAUGAAGCUAUAGUGUAUUCAGUUCAAGCUGAGAACACUUUUGGUAGGGCAGUUGGAAAUGCAAAUAUUCUCCGUGAAGCCGAGCCUACGGAAGAAGUAAAAGAAAUACUUAAAGCACCAACUGUCACUCCGUUGACAGUUAAAGUUGUGCCAACUGGUGGCACUUUGGUAUUUGAAUCGGUUUAUGAUGGUAUACCAAAGCCUGAAAUCAAAUGGAUGCGUAAUGGCCGAGAGGUACAAAUCAAUGAAGACGUUACAAUAAUCACAACAGAAACCACAACCACCAUAACUGUCAAAAAUAUGACCCGCAAACGAACCGGUAAAUAUGAAAUCUGUGCUAAAAAUCCAGUUGGCGAGGCUAAAUCUUCCGGUUCAGUGGUAGUUUCUGAUUCACCACAGAGCAAAGAAAUUCAACCACCACGUUUCAUCGAACCAUUGAAACCAAAAUUCAUAGCUGAAAAUGAAGUUGCUAUCUUAGAAGCAGUAGUCGAAUCGGAACCGGUUUCUUCAUUCCAAUGGUUUGUUCACACUGAACCGAUCAAAAGUUCAACUGAAUGUCGAAUUAUGACCGAAGGCAAUAAAUCAGUUUUAUUAAUUGAAAAUUUCACCAAAAAAUUCGCCGGCCCAUACACAUGUCGAGCAGAAAAUGUUGGUGGUUCGGUAACAUCAACCGCUACCGUUGACAUUUUAGAAGAUUCACCAUUCGAACAGGUGACAGAAUUAAUAUCACCACGUUUUGUUGAACCUCUGUCACCCGUUCAAGUGAUGGAUGGUGAGAAAUUGUAUUUGAUAUGCGAGGUACAUGGUCAACCAAUACCACGUGUCGAAUGGUUCCAUAACGAAGAAAAAAUUAUCGAAACAAAGGAAACAGUUAUAACACAAGACAUCCGCGGUGUUUGCACUCUGUCUAUUGCAGAGGUAUUCCCCGAAGAUGAUGGUCAAUAUAAGUGUGUGGCAACGAAUAAAAUCGGAGAAGCCAUUACAACAACAACUGUUAACAUUCAAGCAUUUGAAUAUAUCCCCGAUUCUGAAAUCACUGGCCAAACUGCUUCCGAAGAAGAUCUUCUCGAUAAGACAAUUUCGUUAGACGAAACUGCCCCGAAAAUAAUUAAAAAACUCCCCGAAUUAGUUCAACCCAAAGAGGGUGAACUUGCGAAACUUGAAGUUAAAGUUAUUGGAAAACCAAAGCCUAAAAUUAAAUGGCUGCGCGACAACGAAGAGAUAUUUGCAUCUGAAGAAUAUCAAAUUGAGAAUUUCGAAGAUGGCACCUCGGUGCUGGUUAUAAAUCAUGUAUAUCCCGAUGAUGUGGGUACGAUUAGUUUCGAAGCUUACAAUCCAUUGGGUGUUGCUGUAACAACGGCUGAAUUCGCUGUUGAAGGAAUCGUAGGAACAAGGGAUUACAGGAAACCAGAAUGGGUCAGUCAUAUGGAGGAAAUGCAAAAAGUCCUCAAAGAAACAUCACAAGUUAUUGACUCAAAUGUAGCGUUAACACAUAUUAAACAAAAGUCACCAAGAUCGAAACUGUUGAAGAAGACGACAAAAGUUCAAGAACUUCCUGAAGAAGUCAAGGUGUUUGAGACCGUCUCCGAGGAAGGUAAACCAACCAAAAAGAGAAUUCGUACACGUACAAUCAAGAAGAUCAAGGGAGGCAAACAAGAAGUCACCAAGAUCGAAACUGUUGAAGAAGACGACAAACAACCUGAAACAACAGUCACCGUUGAAGAGGCACCACUUGAUGAAAAACCGGAAGAAGUUCAAGAACUUCCUGAAGAAGUCAAGGUGUUUGAAACUAUUUCCGAGGAAGGUAAACCAACCAAGAAGAGAAUUCGUACACGUACAAUCAAGAAGAUCAAGGGAGGCAAACAAGAAGUCACCAAGAUCGAAACUGUUGAAGAAGACGACAAACAACCUGAAACAACAGUCACCGUUGAAGAGGCACCACUUGAUGAAAAACCGGAAGAAAUUCAAGAACUUCCUGAAGAAGUCAAGGUGUUUGAGACCGUCUCCGAGGAAGGUAAACCAACCAAGAAGAGAAUUCGUACACGUACAAUCAAGAAGAUCAAGGGAGGCAAACAAGAAGUCACCAAGAUCGAAACUGUUGAAGAAGACGACAAGCAACCUGAAACAACAGUCACCGUUGAAGAAGCACCACUUGAUGAAAAACCGGAAGAAAUUCAAGAACUUCCUGAAGAAGUCAAGGUGUUUGAGACCGUCUCCGAGGAAGGUAAACCAACCAAAAAGAGAAUUCGUACACGUACAAUCAAGAAGAUCAAGGGAGGCAAACAAGAAGUCACCAAGAUCGAAACUGUUGAAGAAGACGACAAACAACCUGAAACAACAGUCACCGUUGAAGAGGCACCACUUGAUGAAAAACCGGAAGAAGUUCAAGAACUUCCUGAAGAAGUCAAGGUGUUUGAAACUAUUUCCGAGGAAGGUAAACCAACCAAGAAGAGAAUUCGUACACGUACAAUCAAGAAGAUCAAGGGAGGCAAACAAGAAGUCACCAAGAUCGAAACUGUUGAAGAAGACGACAAACAACCUGAAACAACAGUCACCGUUGAAGAGGCACCACUUGAUGAAAAACCGGAAGAAAUUCAAGAACUUCCUGAAGAAGUCAAGGUGUUUGAGACCGUCUCCGAGGAAGGUAAACCAACCAAAAAGAGAAUUCGUACACGUACAAUCAAGAAGAUCAAGGGAGGCAAACAAGAAGUCACCAAGAUCGAAACUGUUGAAGAAGACGACAAACAACCUGAAACAACAGUAACAGUUGAAGAGGCACCACUUGAUGAAAAACCGGAAGAAAUUCAAGAACUCCCGGAAGAAGUCAAGGUGUUUGAGACCGUCUCCGAGGAAGGUAAACCAACCAAGAAGAGAAUACGUACACGUACAAUCAAGAAGAUCAAGGGAGGCAAACAAGAAGUCACCAAGAUCGAAACUGUUGAAGAAGACGACAAACAACCUGAAACAACAGUCACCGUUGAAGAGGCACCGCUCGAAGAACAGCCUGAAGAAGUUCAAGAACUUCCUGAGGAAGUCAAGGUGUUUGAAACUAUUUCCGAGGAAGGUAAACCAACCAAGAAGAGAAUACGUACACGUACAAUCAAGAAGAUCAAGGGAGGCAAACAAGAAGUCACCAAGAUCGAAACUGUUGAAGAAGACGACAAACAACCUGAAACAACAGUAACAGUUGAAGAGGCACCACUUGAUGAAAAACCGGAAGAAGUUCAAGAACUUCCUGAAGAAGUCAAGGUGUUUGAAACUAUUUCCGAGGAAGGUAAACCAACUAAGAAGAGAAUACGUACACGUACAAUCAAGAAGAUCAAGGGAGGCAAACAAGAAGUCACCAAGAUCGAAACUGUUGAAGAAGACGACAAACAACCUGAAACAACAGUCACCGUUGAAGAGGCACCACUUGAUGAAAAACCGGAAGAAGUUCAAGAACUUCCUGAAGAAGUCAAGGUGUUUGAGACCGUCUCCGAGGAAGGUAAACCAACCAAAAAGAGAAUUCGUACACGUACAAUCAAGAAGAUCAAGGGAGGCAAACAAGAAGUCACCAAGAUCGAAACUGUUGAAGAAGACGACAAACAACCUGAAACAACAGUCACCGUUGAAGAGGCACCACUUGAUGAAAAACCGGAAGAAGUUCAAGAACUUCCUGAAGAAGUCAAGGUGUUUGAAACUAUUUCCGAGGAAGGUAAACCAACCAAGAAGAGAAUUCGUACACGUACAAUCAAGAAGAUCAAGGGAGGCAAACAAGAAGUCACCAAGAUCGAAACUGUUGAAGAAGACGACAAACAACCUGAAACAACAGUCACCGUUGAAGAGGCACCACUUGAUGAAAAACCGGAAGAAAUUCAAGAACUUCCUGAAGAAGUCAAGGUGUUUGAGACCGUCUCCGAGGAAGGUAAACCAACCAAGAAGAGAAUUCGUACACGUACAAUCAAGAAGAUCAAGGGAGGCAAACAAGAAGUCACCAAGAUCGAAACUGUUGAAGAAGACGACAAACAACCUGAAACAACAGUCACCGUUGAAGAGGCACCACUUGAUGAAAAACCAGAAGAAGUUCAAGAACUUCCGGAAGAGGUCAAGGUGUUUGAAACUAUUUCCGAGGAAGGUAAACCAACCAAGAAGAGAAUUCGUACACGUACAAUCAAGAAGAUCAAGGGAGACAAACAAGAAGUCACCAAGAUCGAAACUGUUGAAGAAGACGACAAACAACCUGAAACAACAGUCACCGUUGAAGAGGCACCACUUGAUGAAAAACCGGAAGAAAUUCAAGAACUUCCUGAAGAAGUCAAGGUGUUUGAGACCGUCUCCGAGGAAGGUAAACCAACCAAAAAGAGAAUUCGUACACGUACAAUCAAGAAGAUCAAGGGAGGCAAACAAGAAGUCACCAAGAUCGAAACUGUCGAAGAAGACGACAAACAACCUGAAACAACAGUCACCGUUGAAGAGGCACCACUUGAUGAAAAACCAGAAGAAGUUCAAGAACUUCCGGAAGAAGUCAAGGUGUUUGAAACUAUUUCCGAGGAAGGUAAACCAACCAAGAAGAGAAUUCGUACACGUACAAUCAAGAAGAUCAAGGGAGGCAAACAAGAAGUCACCAAGAUCGAAACUGUUGAAGAAGACGACAAACAACCUGAAACAACAGUCACCGUUGAAGAGGCACCACUUGAUGAAAAACCGGAAGAAAUUCAAGAACUUCCUGAAGUAGUCAAGGUGUUUGAAACUAUUUCCAAGGAAGGUAAACCAACCAAGAAGAGAAUUCGUACACGUACAAUCAAGAAGAUCAAGGGAGGCAGACAAGAAGUCACCAAGAUCGAAACUGUUGAAGAAGACGACAAACAACCUGAAACAACAGUCACCGUUGAAGAAGCACCACUUGAUGAAAAACCGGAAGAAAUUCAAGAACUUCCUGAAGAAGUCAAGGUGUUUGAGACCGUCUCCGAGGAAGGUAAACCAACCAAGAAGAGAAUUCGUACACGUACAAUCAAGAAGAUCAAGGGAGGCAAACAAGAAGUCACCAAGAUCGAAACUGUUGAAGAAGACGACAAACAACCUGAAACAACAGUCACCGUUGAAGAGGCACCACUUGAUGAAAAACCGGAAGAAAUUCAAGAACUUCCUGAAGAAGUCAAGGUGUUUGAAACUAUUUCCGAGGAAGGUAAACCAACCAAGAAGAGAAUUCGUACACGUACAAUCAAGAAGAUCAAGGGAGGCAAACAAGAAGUCACCAAGAUCGAAACUGUUGAAGAAGACGACAAACAACCUGAAACAACAGUCACCGUUGAAGAGGCACCACUUGAUGAAAAAUCGGAUGAAAUUCAAGAACUUCCUGAAGAAGUCAAGGUGUUUGAGACCGUCUCCGAGGAAGGUAAACCAACCAAAAAGAGAAUUCGUACACGUACAAUCAAGAAGAUCAAGGGAGGCAAACAAGAAGUCACCAAGAUCGAAACUGUUGAAGAAGACGACAAACAACCUGAAACAACAGUCACCGUUGAAGAGGCACCACUUGAUGAAAAACCGGAAGAAAUUCAAGAACUUCCUGAAGAAGUCAAGGUGUUUGAGACCGUCUCCGAGGAAGGUAAACCAACCAAAAAGAGAAUUCGUACACGUACAAUCAAGAAGAUCAAGGGAGGCAAACAAGAAGUCACCAAGAUCGAAACUGUUGAAGAAGAUGACAAACAACCUGAAACAACAGUCACCGUUGAAGAGGCACCACUUGAUGAAAAACCGGAAGAAAUUCAAGAACUUCCUGAAGAAGUCAAGGUGUUUGAAACUAUUUCCGAGGAAGGUAAACCAACCAAGAAGAGAAUUCGUACACGUACAAUCAAGAAGAUAAAGGGAGGCAAACAAGAAGUCACCAAGAUCGAAACUGUCGAAGAAGACGACAAACAACCUGAAACAACAGUAACAGUUGAAGAAGCACCACUUGAUGAAAAACCGGAAGAAGUUCAAGAACUUCCGGAAGAAGUCAAGGUGUUUGAGACCGUCUCCGAGGAAGGUAAACCAACCAAAAAGAGAAUUCGUACACGUACAAUCAAGAAGAUCAAGGGAGGCAAACAAGAAGUCACCAAGAUCGAAACUGUUGAAGAAGACGACAAACAACCUGAAACAACAGUCACCGUUGAAGAGGCACCACUUGAUGAAAAACCGGAAGAAGUUCAAGAACUUCCUGAAGAAGUCAAGGUGUUUGAAACUAUUUCCGAGGAAGGUAAACCAACCAAGAAGAGAAUUCGUACACGUACAAUCAAGAAAAUCAAGGGAGGCAAACAAGAAGUCACCAAGAUCGAAACUGUUGAAGAAGACGACAAACAACCUGAAACAACAGUCACCGUUGAAGAGGCACCACUUGAUGAAAAACCGGAAGAAGUUCAAGAACUUCCUGAAGAAGUCAAGGUGUUUGAAACUAUUUCCGAGGAAGGUAAACCAACCAAGAAGAGAAUUCGUACACGUACAAUCAAGAAGAUCAAGGGAGGCAAACAAGAAGUCACCAAGAUCGAAACUGUUGAAGAAGACGACAAACAACCUGAAACAACAGUCACCGUUGAAGAGGCACCACUUGAUGAAAAACCGGAUGAAAUUCAAGAACUUCCUGAGGAAAUCAAGGUGUUUGAAACUAUUUCCGAGGAAGGUAAACCAACCAAGAAGAGAAUUCGUACACGUACAAUCAAGAAGAUCAAGGGAGGCAAACAAGAAGUCACCAAGAUCGAAACUGUUGAAGAAGACGACAAACAACCUGAAACAACAGUCACCGUUGAAGAGGCACCACUUGAUGAAAAACCGGAUGAAAUUCAAGAACUUCCUGAAGAAGUCAAGGUGUUUGAGACCGUCUCCGAGGAAGGUAAACCAACCAAAAAGAGAAUUCGUACACGUACAAUCAAGAAGAUCAAGGGAGGCAAACAAGAAGUCACCAAGAUCGAAACUGUUGAAGAAGACGACAAACAACCUGAAACAACAGUCACCGUUGAAGAGGCACCACUUGAUGAAAAACCGGAUGAAAUUCAAGAACUUCCUGAAGAAGUCAAGGUGUUUGAGACCGUCUCCGAGGAAGGUAAACCAACCAAAAAGAGAAUUCGUACACGUACAAUCAAGAAGAUCAAGGGAGGCAAACAAGAAGUCACCAAGAUCGAAACUGUUGAAGAAGACGACAAACAACCUGAAACAACAGUCACCGUUGAAGAGGCACCACUUGAUGAAAAACCGGAAGAAAUUCAAGAACUUCCUGAAGAAGUCAAGGUGUUUGAAACUAUUUCCGAGGAAGGUAAACCAACCAAGAAGAGAAUACGUACACGUACAAUCAAGAAGAUCAAGGGAGGCAAACAAGAAGUCACCAAGAUCGAAACUGUUGAAGAAGACGACAAACAACCUGAAACAACAGUCACCGUUGAAGAGGCACCACUUGAUGAAAAACCGGAAGAAAUUCAAGAACUUCCUGAAGAAGUCAAGGUGUUUGAAACUAUUUCCGAGGAAGGUAAACCAACCAAGAAGAGAAUACGUACACGUACAAUCAAGAAGAUCAAGGGAGGCAAACAAGAAGUCACCAAGAUCGAAACUGUUGAAGAAGACGACAAACAACCUGAAACAACAGUAACAGUUGAAGAGGCACCGCUCGAAGAACAGCCUGAAGAAGUUCAAGAACUUCCUGAGGAAGUCAAGGUAGUUGAAACAAUCUCAGAAGAUGGAACUCCCAAGAAGAAAAAGAUUCGUACUCGCACAAUCAAGAAAGUUAAAGGUGACAAGCAGGAAAUCACAAAAAUUCAAACAGUUGAAGAAGAAGGCAAGAAACCUGAAACUACAGCAACUAUUGAAGAAAUUCCGAUACAGCAGGAAGAAAAACCAAAAGAAGAGAAAAUAACACAAGAAAGACUUAAGAAAAGAAUUCGCUUACAAAAGCCUGCUGAUGAAGUGCUUGUUCAAGAGUUGCCAGAGAGAAAAUCAUUUAUAUUUUCAAAAACCGAAGAUGGUGUACCAACUAAAACUGUUAUAAAAACUAAAAUUAUAAAGAAAACAGUCGGUGACAAACAAGAAAUUACAAAAAUACAGACUGUUGAAGAAUUUGAAAAAGUUCCUGUUACAACUGUUACUGUAGAAGAGUUUAGUAAGCCUUUCCCAGAAAUUCCUGAUAAGACGGAAAUACCUGUUGUUGAGUUACCAGAGGAAGAGUCUACAGCUGUUGUUAUUGACGAUAACACUGGACAAGAAAAGAAGGUAACCACUAAGAAGCGAGUAAUUAAAAAACCAAAGGGUGAACAAGUGGAACAAACCGAAAUUAAAACUGUCGAGGAAGAAGGUACAGAACCUCAGUUUAUUGUUACAAUAACCGAAGAGGAAAAACCCGUUGAUGACCAUUUAGAACCAAAUACUAUAGAAUCAUUUGAAUUGCCAGAAGAAGUGACUGUUAUACAGGGUAAGACUCCUGAAGGAAAACCCAAAAAGACUACCAUCAAAACAAGAUCGAUCAAAAAACGUGUUGGAGACAUUGAUGAAAUAACAAAGAUUCAAUUUGUUGAACAAGAUGAUCAAGAAACUCCAUACACUUCUGUUCACAUUGAAGAAGUUAAUCCCGAAGAUGAAGAAGCUCUUGACUUGCCUGUUACCAUUGAAGAACUUCCCGAAGAAAUUGCCAUAUCCGAAAUAACUACUGAAGAUAACAAGAAACCCAAAAAGAAGACAGUUAAAACAAGAACAUUCAAAAAGGAUCAAUCACCUCAACUUCCUGAAGUUUAUCAAAUUCAAACCAUCGAAGAAGAAGGCAAGGAACCAUUCUCAAUCAUUCGUGUUGUUAGCGAUGACACUAUUGCUGAUAUAAUAGAUAUUCGUUCAUUGGACGACGAUAAAACACAAAAACCGAAAACACCCAAACACUUAAAACACAAAAAAACACAACCUAAAGAUGAAGAAACUCCUAAACUCGAAGACACUGAAAAGCCAGUUUACAUUACAACAUUCAAAUCAGUGCAAGGUGAAGACGGUCAACCGAUCAUACAAACGGAAAACAAAAAGAUUAUAAAGGAAGAAGGCUUUACUGUUGAAGAGGUACUCAGUGAUACUGAGUAUGUUCCGGAAGAACAAAAGACAAAUGUCGAAAUAGUUGAGGUCAACGAUGUUAAUGAAGAGGACAACAAAGAAUACACUAUUACAGAACCAGAUGACGGUACUGAAGACACACAACACACACCAGAUACAAUUAAAAAACAAAAACCAAAGAAGAAGAAACCUAAAUUCGAUCAAAUUGACGAAGAAGCUCCCGAAGAAGUUUUCGUUGAGUAUCUACCAGAGGUGGUUAGUGAAAUUCAAGAACCAACUGAAGAGGGUGGGGUUAAGACGAAAACAGUUAAAAAACGAAAGAUAAAGAAGACAAUUGGGGAUCAAGAGCAAAUUAUUGAAGUGGUAACGACUAAAGAAGAGGGUAAAGAUGAAGAAAGCACUGUUGUGCUUCUCGAUGAGAAUGAAGAACCAAUUGAAGAGGUUGAUGAAGAACAACAACCUCAAGUGGUAGAUGAAAAACCUAAAAAGAAAAAGAAGAAACCAGUGAAAAAGAUGAAGAAGAAUGAACUUGAUGAAUAUAUUCAAAUGUUGAUUGAGCAAGAAAUUCCAAAAACUGUUCUUCAAAAGUAUGAAAAGGUUGAUCUUCCAAUGGCUGAACGAGGUAGACGUGGUUCAAGUUAUAAACCACAAAAGGCUGAAAAGUCAGAAAUCGAUGAUGGGGAUGUUACUUUUCAUAAGAUUGAUAUUGUUGAAACAGAACCAGAAUUGGUUGAGCGGGAGGUUGUUGAUGAAGAAGGUACAGUGACAAAGGAGGUUGUUAAAAAGCGAAAGAUUCGUCGGCAAAAGAAAGACUUGCCAGAGGAAAAACCAGAAGAUAUCAUUGAGAUUGUUGAAACUGUUGUUGAUGGACAACCUCAGUUUGAAGUUUCUGUGGUUGUAUUCGAAGCUCCGGAAGAAAUAAUUCCAGGUACUGUAGAACCUGUGAAGAAAAAGAAGACCAAAAAGGUGAAGAAGGAUGAUUUGGAUGCUUAUAUUCAGUAUCUUAUUGAACAGGAAAUUCCAAAAACAGAACUUGAGUUGUAUGAAAAGACAGAAUUGGAUAAACCAAAGAAGGCUAAGAAGGUGAAGCCAAAACCAGAAAAGCCUCAAGAAGAAGAAUAUGAUGUGUUGGAUGUUAAGGUGACUGAAGAAGAUGUGGUAGAAAAACCAAAACCGAAAAAGAAGAAACCAAAACAACAUAAGCAAGAGGAAGUUGUGGAAGAAGUUCUUCCUGAGGAAACUCCAGAAGGAUACACUUUCUCCGUUACAGAAUCAGAGCGUUUGGAAGAAGUAACUGUUCCUGAAGAACCUGUUAAGCAGAAGCCGAAGAAGAAACUGAAGCAGAAUGUAGUUGAAGAAACUCCAGUUACGGUUGAAGAAAUUUCAAAGGAUGUACAAGUUGUUGUUAAGGAGGAUGAAGAAGGAAAGAUUGAAGAACAAACGAUUACUAAGAGAAAGAUUAAAAAGAAGAAGGGUCAUAAGGAAUACACAAUUGAGGUUAUUGAAACACAAGUUGAAGGACAACCUGAAUCGGAAAUAACCAUCAUCGAAUCGGAAGAACAACAACCUGAAGAAGAUGUUCCUUCUGAAGUGAAGAUUCCCAAAAAGAAAAAGACAACUAAGAAAAUCAAGAGGGAAGAAAUCGAUCAAUAUAUUAUUUCUGUGAUUGAAGAAGAAGGCUUGAAACCUGUUGUUUUCACUGAAGACGAAGAAGAGGCUCCAGUAGAAGAAAUCGAGGAAGUUCAUGAAGAACAAAUUACAGUAGAGGAAUUAGCUCCAGAGAUUGAAGUGAAAGAAGAACAAAAUGAAAUUGGAGAAAUCAAGAAGCGAACAACGAAGAAGCGAAAGAUUAAGAAACAAGAAGGAGACAAGGAAUAUCUCAUUGAAAUAAUCGAAUCUCAAGUCGAGGGCCAACCUGAAGCUGAUGUUACAAUGACUACAACCGAAAUCAAACCUGAAGAACCGGAGGAAACUCAACCAGAAUUUGCUACAGUUAAAGUUGUUGAGAAAGUGAAAAAGAAUAAGGUGAAGAAGGAUGAUCUUCAAGAAUAUAUUCAAAAACUGAUCGAGCAAGAAAUUCCUAAGACAGAACUUGAGACGUAUGAAAAGAUUGAUGUUGAUGGAAAACCUAAAAAGACAAAGAAAACAAAACCAAAGAAGAAGGUUCCUGAAGAAGAACAAGGUGAUUUACUUGAUGUUUCAAUUGUUGAAGAAGAAGCUCCAGAAAAACCACAAGAAAAGAAAAAGAAGAAGAAACCAACAGUUGAAAAGGUUGAAGUAACUGAAGAAGUUCCAGAAGAAACUCCUGAAGACUUUGCAUUUAGCGUCAAAGAAACAGAACCUACUGAAGAAGAUCAAAUUGUUGAAGAAGAAAUUCCUAAACAAAAACCUAAAAAGAAGACAAAAGCAAAAAUAGUUGAAGAAAUUCCAGUUACAGUGGAAGAAGUUUCAAAGGACGUUGAAAUUGUAACAAAGGAAGAUGAAGAAGGCAAAAUCGAAGAACAAAUUAUUACCAAGCGUAAGAUUAAAAAGAAGAAGGGACCAAAGGAAUACACAAUAGAAAUAAUUGAAACUCAAGUUGAAGGACAACCUGAGUCUGAAAUUACAAUAAUUGAAUCUGAGGUUCAACAACCCGAUGAAGAGAUACAAUUGGUUGAAGAAGUUCCAAAGAAGAAAAAGACAGUGAAAAAAGUCAAAAAGGAACAAAUUGAACAAUAUAUUAUUUCGGUUGUUGAAGAACAAGGCUUAAAACCAGUAACAUUUGAUGAAGAACAACCAGAAGAAGAGGCUCCAGAAGAGAUUGUUGAAGAAGUUUAUCCAAUUCAAAUUGAAGAAUUAGCUCCAGAAAUUGAAGAAAAUGAAAUUUCUGAUGAAACUGGUGAAAAGAAGAAACGUAUAACGAAAAAACGUAAGAUUCGCAAGCAAGAAGGUGAAAAGGAAUAUUUAAUUGAGAUUGUUGAAACUCAAGUAGAAGGUCAACCUGAAGCUGAUGUUACAAUGACUACAACAGAAUUGACUGUUACUGAAGAUGGUGAAAAACCUGAAGAACCUAAAGUCAUUAAAGUUGCUGAAAAAAUUAAAAAGAAGAAGGUUAAGAAGGAUGAUCUUCAGGAAUAUAUUCAAAAACUUAUUGAACAAGAAAUUCCAAAGACAGAACUCGAAAUCUAUGAGAAGGUAGAUGUCGAUGGAAAGCCUAAAAAAGCAAAGAAAUCUAAGCCAAAGAAAGAAGCACCAAAAUUAGAAGAAGGUGAAGUGCUAGAUGUUUCUGUAGUUGAAGAAGAAGCUCCAGAAAAACCUGUAGAAAAGAAAAAGAAGAAGAAACCUGUUGUUGAAAAGGUAGAAAUAACUGAAGAAAUUCCAGAAGAAAUUCCUGAAGAUUUGACUGUCACAAUAACUGAAUCAGAACGUGUUGAUGUAGAACAACCAAUAAUUGAAGAAGCUCCUAAAGAAAAACCUAAAAAGAAGUUGAAACCCAAAAAGAUUGAAGAAAUUCCAGUCACAGUUGAAGAGGUUUCUAAGGAUGUUGAAGUAAUUGUGAAAGAAGAUGAAGAAGGUAAAAUUGAAGAACAUGUUGUUACAACACGAAAAAUCAAAAAGAAGAAGGGUCCCAAGGAAUAUACCAUCGAAAUAAUUGAAACUCAAGUUGAAGGACAACCUGAAUCAGAAAUCACAAUUAUCGAAUUUGAAGAACAGAAACCAGAAGAAAUUACAACUCUGGUUGAAGAAGUUCCGAAAAAGAAGAAGACCACAAGGAAAAUAAAGAAAGAACAGGUAGAACAAUAUAUCAUCAAUGUUAUUGAAGAAGAUGCACCUGAAAAGGUUAUUCCCGAUGAAGACGAAACAGCUCCUAUCGAACUUGUUGAAGAAUUGCCUACCGAAGAACAACCGAUCUUCGAAAUAACAACAAUGGUUGAACAAGUUGCUGAAAUUGAAGAAGAAGAAAAAGUGCCAUUGGAAAAAGAAACUGAAGAAAAACCUUCUGAGAAGAAAAAAUCGAAGAAACCGAAGAAGGUUAAGGUAACGGAGUCUGAAUUGGAGGAAGACACAAAGCCUUUAGUUGAAGAAAUUGUCGAAGUUGUCGAUGAAGACAAACCUGAUGUUGAAGAAACACCAGAAGACAUGUCAAUAAAGAUUUUGGAAGAAGAACCUAAAAAGCCGAAGAAACCAAAGAAAUCAAAGGUUCAAGUGGAAGAAGAAGUUGUUGAGGAAUAUAAAAUCAGCAUUCAAGAACUUGAACCAGAGGUUGAGGUGAAAGAAGUAACCGUUGAAUCAGGUGAAACUAAACAACAGACAAUUAAAAAGCGAAAGAUUAAGAAGCAAGAAGGUGAAAAGGAAUACAUUAUUGAAAUUAUUGAAACACAAGAAGAAGGUCAACCUGAAGCUGAUGUCACAAUGACAACCACAGAGGUCACUCCAGUUGAAGAAGAGGGAGUACCUGAAGAAGCAAAGGUUAAAGUUAUUGAAAAAGUCAAAAAGAAGAAGGUUAAGAAGGAUGAUCUUCAUGAUUAUAUUCAAAGUCUAAUUGAAAUGGAAAUUCCAAAAACAGAACUUGAGAAAUAUGAAAAGAUUGAUAUCGAUGCUAAGCCCAAGAAAGCUAAAAAGUCUAAGCCAAAGAAGGAAGAAGAAGCACCAGAACUUCCUGAUGCUUUAGAUGUGACUGUAACUGAAGAAGAAGCACCUCAAAAACCAAAAGAAAAGAAAAAGAAGAAGAAACCAAUUGUUGAAGAAGUUGUAGUAACCGAAGAAGUUCCUGAAGAAUUCUUCGAUGAAUACACUAUCAAGACAACGGUAUUGGAACCAACGGAAGAAACACAAAUAUUCGAAGAAGAGCUUGAAGAAGUUCCUGAACAAGAAAAACCAGUUGAAAUUAUUGAAGAACUGCCGGUCACAGUUGAAGAAAUUUCAAAGGACGUUGAAAUUGUGGUGAAAGAAAACGAAGAAGGUGAAUCACAACAACAAGUCAUAACCAAACGAAAGAUCAAAAAGAAGAAGGGUCAUAAGGAGUAUACAAUUGAAGUCAUUGAAACUCAAGUGGAAGGACAACCUGAAUCAGAAAUCACCAUUAUCGAGUCGGAAGAACAGAAACCUGACGAAAAGAUCGAUGUAGUUGAAGAAGUACCGAAAAAGAAGAAGACAACUAAAAAGGUGAAGAAAGAACAAAUUGAGCAGUAUCUUAUUUCUGUUAUCGAAGAACAAGCUACAAAACCAGUUACUUUCGAGGAAACAGUGGAGAUAACUGAACAAGAAAUCGAAGAAACUCCAGAAAAACAACCAGAAUUCGAAACAACAGUAAUUGAAGAAACUGUCGAACCAACACACGAAGAAGAAGAUAUUCCUCAAGUUAUUGAAGAGGAAGAAAAGCAACCAGAAAAGAAAAAGACAAGGAAACCGAAAAAGGUCAAGAUUAUCGAAACAGAAGCCGAAGAACAACCACAACCUGAAGCUGAAAUUCAAGUCGAAGAAACUGUUGAAGAAAAACCAACUGAAAUACAAGUUAUUGAAGAAUUCCCCAUCAAAGUUACCGAAGAAGAACCUAAAAAGCCAAAGAAAUCAAAGAAACCAAAACAACAACAAGAAGCGGAAGUUUUCGAAGAUUAUAAGAUUACUAUUACUGAACUUGCUCCUGAAAUUGAAAUCAAAGAAAUAACCGACGAAGAUGGUGAAACUAAACAACAAACAAUUAAAAAACGUAAGAUCAAGAAACAAGAAGGUCCGAAAGAGUAUGUCAUUGAAAUUGUGGAAACACAAGAAGAAGGUCAACUUGAAGCUGAUGUCACUAUGACAACUACAGAAGUAACACCUGAAGAAGAACAAUCACCAGGGGAGCCAUUGAAGAUCAAGGUUGUUGAAAAGCCCAAAAAGAAAAAGGUUAAGAAGAAUGAUUUGGAUGAUUACAUUCAACAGCUUAUUGAACAAGAAAUUCCCAAAACUGAACUGGAGAAAUAUGAAAAGGUAGAAAUCGAUGAGGCACCUAAAAAGGUCAAGAAAAUAAAGAAGAAGCCAAUCAUCAAAGAAGAAAUCAUUGAUGGACUUCCAGUUAAGGUUACUGAGUAUGAAGUAGAAAAGGAAGAAGUGGAAGAACUUGAGGAAGAACUUCCAGUAACAAUUAUCGAAACAAUUGAAGAAGAUAAACCAGAAAAACCAAAGGAAUUCGUAGUUUCCAUGACUGAAGAACAAGGUGAGCCAAUCGUAUUUGAAGAAGAAACAGUAACUGUAACCGAACAAGAAGAAUCUAAGCCAAAGAAAAAAUCAAAGAAACCAAGGAAGACCGAAGCAGAACAACAACCUGAAGAAGUAGAAGAAAGUCAAGUGCAAGUGACCGAAGAAGAACCAGAACAACCAACAGUUGAAGAAAUUGAAGAAGAAACUAAACCGAAAAAGAAAACCAAAAAGCCAAAGAAACCUGAAACAGCUGAAAUUACUGUUAAGGAAGAGGAACCAAUUAAAGAACAACAACCUUACGAAGUUGAAGUGAUUGAAGAAAAAACCGAUAUCGUCAAAGUUGAGGAUGAAGCUGGAGUUAUUAAAGAGAAAACUGUUACAAAACGUAAAAUCAAAAAGAAGCAAGGUCCAAAAGAAGAGGUUUAUGAAAUUUCCGAAACUACGGAAGAAGGACAACCAAUGUCAGAGGUAUCAGUUGUGCUUUUAGAACCUGAAGAAUCUGUACCACAAGAAGAAGAAGUCACUGUCAAACCAACAAAGAAGACGAAAAGGGUCAAGAAAGAAGAUAUUCAAGAGUUUAUUAUGUCAGUUGUUGAAACAGUACCUGAAGAUCAAGUGCAAGUUGAUGAAGAACAACCUGUUGAAAAACCUAAAAAACCAAAGAAGUCAAAGGUCAAAGUAAUUGAAACAACCGUUGAAGAGAAACAACCGCAACCUGAUAGUUUCCAAAUCGAAGAAAUUCCUCAGGAAGAAAUUCAGCCAGAGGAAAUUGAAGAAGUUGAAGAUUUCUCAGUCAAGGUGAUUUCUGAAACUCCUGAAGAAAUCAAAGAAAAACCCAAAAAGACUAAAAAACAAAAGCAACCCAAACCAGUCAGAGAAGAAACAGAAACUAUUGAAGAAUAUAAGAUUAGAAUUACAUCACUUGAGGAACUUCCAAUUGAAGAAAUAACUGAAGUUACCGAAGAACCUCAAGAAGAAGAAGAAACUCCUCAAGUUGGUCAACAAUUCGAAGAAUAUAAGAUCAAGAUUGAAGAAAUUGAAGCUACUGAGGAGAUUAAACAAAUUGUAGAUGAAGAAGGUGUAACAAAGAAACAAACUAUUUCAAAGAAGAAGAUCAAGAAACACACUGGUCCUAAAGAAGAAAUCAUUGAAAUAAUUGAGGUUCAAAAUGAGGGAGCGCCUUCAGCUGAAGUUACAGUAAUUACUACUGAAGUAGCUGCUAUUGAAGAUGAAGAAAAACCACAAGAAGAGAAAAAGAAGAAGAAAACUACAAAGAAAGUAAAGAAGGCUGAUAUUGACGAUUACAUUCAAAAGUUGAUUGAACAGGAAAUUCCCAAAACAGAACUUGAGAAAUAUGAAAAGGUUGACAUUGAUGAAGUUCCAAAGAAACCAAGGAAGAAAUCAAUUAUUGAAGAUAAGGUUAAAGUUGAUGAAUCUGAACCUGUUAAAGAAGAAGCUCCUCUUGAACAAAUUACAGAAGUUGUUGAAGAAGCUCCUAAAAAGGUAAAGAAACCAAAGAAACCAGUUCAUGAAAUUAAGGUUAUUGAAGAAAUUCCACAAGAACAUCCUGAAGAGCCUUAUGAAGUAACAGUUAAAGAAAUUCAGGAAGAAGUCGAGACAAAACAAGUACCAGAUGAAACUGGUGAGGUAAAAGAAAAGAAGAUUACUAAACGCAAGGUUAAGCAGCAAAUAGGUCCUAAGGAAGUUGUUUUGGAAAUUGUUGAAGUACAAGACAAAGAUACUGGAGAUGCUGAAAUAACAGUUACAACUAGUGAAGCACCAGUUGAAGAAGAUAUUCAACCUGAUGUAGAAGUAGUUAAAAAGAAGAAAACAAAGAAGGUUAAGAAAGACGACUUGGAAGAUUACAUUAAAAAGCUAAUUGAAGAAGAAAUUCCAAAGACCGAAUUAGAAACUUAUGAGAAGGUUGAAAUUGAAGAGAAGCCGAAAAAAACAAAGAAGAAACCUAAGCAAGAAGUUCAGGUUAAGGAAGAAGAACCUCAAGAGGCUCCUGAAGAAGUACCAGAAGAGGCUGAAAUUAAGUUAACUGAAGAAAAACCAGUUGAAGAGGUUGAAGUGUUUGAAUUUAAACAAGUAGAAGAAAAGAAACCAAAGGCACCCAAGAAGGCUCCCAAGCAAAAGGUUAAGGUUGUUGAAGAAGAUAAACCUGAAGAACCAAAACCUGAGGCUGAAGUUAUCGUAAAAGAAGAUGACUUAGAAGAAGCACCUCUUGAGGAACAACCAGUAUUUGAAGUUAAAGAAAUUGAAGAAGUACAACCUAUUGAAGAUACUACUUUUGAAAUUUCUGUAAAAGAAGAAGAAACUCCAAAGGUGAAGGAAAAGAAACCAAAGAAACCGAAAGCCAAGGAAGUUGAAACUAUCGAAAGCUAUGAAAUUUCUGUUCAUGAAUCUGUCACAGAACCUGAAGAACCAGCUCCAGUUGAUGAUACCCCAGUUGAAGUUCAAGAAAUUGAAACAAAAUCCGAAGUUAAGGAGGUUCAAGACGCUGAUGGCACAAAACACAAAGAAACUACAACCAGACGUAAAAUCAAACGCCAACAAGGUCCUAAGGAAGAAAUUAUCGAAAUUAUCGAAGUUCAAACUGAUGAUCAACCUGAAGCAGAAGUCACAGUUAUUUCAACAGAAACUCCAAAACCAGACGAACCAAAAGAACAACCAAAGGCACCAAAGAAAAAGACCAAAAAGGUUAAGAAAGAUGAUCUUGAUGAUUACAUUCAGAAGCUCAUUGAACAAGAAAUUCCAAAGACUGAAUUGGAAAAGUACGAAAAAAUCGAAUUUGAAACUGCUCCUAAGGAGAAACCAGAAGAAGAACAACCUGUUGUGGUGAAAGAAGAAAGUCCUGUCAAGGAGGAAGAAAAACCAACAAAGAAGAAGACGAAAAAAGAAAAGAAACCUAAAGAAGAAGAAGAAUAUCCUCUUGCUGAAAUAAGAGUUACUGAAGAAGAACCUGAACAACCAGUUGUUGAAAUUAUCGAAGAUAAACCAGCUGAAGUGAAGGUUGAAGAAAUAAUCAACGAAGAAGGCCAACCCAAACAACAAGUUACUACCAAAAGAACAGUUAAAAAGAAGGUGGGACAGAAAGAAAGUACUCUUUACAUUGUCACUGUACAAGAAGAAGACAAACCUGAUGCUGUCAUUUCAAUCACGGAAGAACAACCGGAAGAACCAAUUCCUGAAGAAAUCGAAGUAAUUGAAGAACAACCAUCAAAACCAACUCCAACCAAACUAAAGAAACCUAAAAAGACCACAAAAACUGUCAAGACCAACGAACUUGAUGACUAUAUUCAAAAACUCAUCGAAGCUGAAAUACCCAAAACCGAAUUGGAACAAUACGAAAAAGUCGAUAUACCAAUAUUUGAAAAACCCAAAAUUGAAGAAGCAGAAAAACCUGAAGAAAAACCCAAAAAGAAAAAGAAAACUGAAAAACCCCAACCAAUUGAAGAAGCUAAAAUAACCGAAAUCAUUGAACAACCUACAAUCGUCGAUGAAAAACCAUUUGAAAUAACAGAAACUCAAACAUUACCCGAAACACAACCCGAGGAACCAACUGACACAGAACAGACAACACCAGUACAGGAAGAAUCCAAACCGGAUACUACCGAUUAUACAACAACAACAAAAAAACAGAAAACUAUCAAAAAACCCAAAGAUAAAACACAAUCAGAGACAAGUAUUCCAGUUGAAGUACACAAGGACUUCGAGAUCAGCGUAAUUGAAGAAGAAGCACCAGUCAAGAUAGUCGAUGAAGAAUAUCCAGAAUAUGUUGUAGAUGUUAAAGUAACCGAGGAAAUCCCUGAAGAACCAGAAUCAAUACCAAUUGAAGUAGUAGAAGAAGCACCAGAAGAAGUUAAGCCAGGUACAACGGAACCAGUGAAACCAAAGAAAAAGAAGAAGAUCGUUAAGAAACAAGAAGAUGAUCAAGAUGAUAUUAUCAAGGCCUUGCUGGAGCAAGAAGUUGAAAAGACAGUUCUCGAAAAAUACGAGAAAAUCGAUAUUGAAAAGCCCAAGAAAGAAAAAGUCAAGAUAGAAGGUUUGGUACCGACUAAGAUCGAACGUGUUGAACAUAAAGCACAAAAAAUGACUGUUGUUGAAGCAGUAGAUCUUCCACAAGUGGUUAAAUUGAAGCAAACUAAACGUAAGGAGAAAUCAGUUGAACCGGAAACUAGUUUGUUGCCUAAGUUUAAACUUAAGAGUCGUAUUGUAUAUGUUGAAUUCCCACCAGAACUUUUGGUACCAAAGAUAACUGAUAUUAAUGCUAUUCGUGCAAAUGGUGACCUCUCACGUAAUAUUGAAGAAGCUGAAGAACUACUGAAGACAAAACCAAAGAAGUUCAAGAAGAUUAAGAAAAUCAAGGAUGAUCGCGAGAAGGUUGAACUGGAAAAGUAUGAGAAAUAUGUUAGCAGUUCUGAAGAUGAAGCUGAGGUCAAACCUUAUGAAAAGCCCGAAAAGGUAAAGGUACCAGAAGAACCAGAGCAAAUUGUUGAAAUUAAGCUGGGCAAGGGCAAAAAGAAGCCUAUUGCUGAAGAGCAAGCAGAGAGUGUAACACUGAAGAAAACACCAACCAAGCCAAAAGAAGAAGAGGUUGUCACAGAAAAGGUCAUCAAAAAGAAAGAAGAUGUCGUUGUUCAAGAAGUAGUUGAAGAACCUGAACAACCAAAAUACAAGAUGGAACCAUUUGAACCAGUUGACUUUGAACAUCCGGAAUAUCCUAAAGAGGAACUUGAAGAGAUUGAAAAACCAGAGUUUCCAAAGAAAGAAAAGAAACAAGAAAAGCCCAAACACAAGCGUAAGGAGAAGCAAAAGCCCGAACAAGAAUUCGAAACGGUACAAAUCGUUCCAGGUGUUCCAAAGGAUGAAGAAGAGCAACCAGAAGAGACUGUCAAAUUUAGAAUACCCGAAAGUGAAGCACCUGAAGAACCAACUGCUGAAGUUAAGUUGAAGCCCGUCAAGAAGGUCAAAGAGGAAAAACCACAAGAAGAAGCUGUAGUGAUUCCGAAAGAAGAAGAAGAACUUCCAAAAGAAGAAGUGAUUGUAACAGAACCUGAAGUCAAAGAAGAAAAACCUAAGAAGAAACCAAAGAAAGAAAAGGUUAAGGAAGUUAAACCCGUUGAAGAGGAAGAAAAAAUUUUCGAGGUCUCUGUUACUGAAGAAGAAGUUGUUCAAGAAGCUCCUGUUGAAGAGAAGAAGCCCAAAAAGGUGAAAGUGAAGGAAUCAAAGCCUGAAGAACAACCUGUGGCUGAGAUUGAAGUCAUAACUGAGCAACCUGAAGUGCAAAAACCAGAGCCAGUAUAUGAUUCAUAUGAAAUUUCUGUAACUGAAACUGAAGCUCCAGAAAUUCCUGAAGAAUUCAAGGUUAAGGUAACUGAAAGUCAAGAAAAGGAAGUCACCUUCGAGGAGGUGGUUGAAGAAAAGGUUGUCACUAGACGUAAGAAGCCCAAACCAGAAGAAAAACCAGAAGAGUUCCAAAUCAAACUUAAGGAACCAGAAGUUGAAGAAAUCGAAGAACCAACUCAAGAAGCAACCUUCCAAAUCAAGAAACCAGUUGAAGAUGUACCUGAGGAAGCAGAAGUCGAAGUCAAGUUUACAGCUCCACAGCCUAUUGAAGAAAGUGAAGUUGAAGUAGUUGUAAAGAAGAAGAAACCAAAGAAGAAGCCAGUAGAGGUCGAAGAGGCUAAAUUGGAGGUUAAGGUGGAGGAAAUCAUUGAGACUCCUGAAGAACCAAUUGAAGAAAUUCAAGUACAAGAAGAAGAGGUUCCUGAGGUACAACCAGAGAGUUACAAAUAUAAAUUGACUGAAACAGAGCCUGAAGAAAAACCACAACCUGUUGUGGAAGAAGUGGAAGAAGUUGCACCUAUUCCUGAACCAGUGGUUGAAGAAAUCCAGGAAGACUUUAAAACAUACGAAAUCACAACUAAGGAGUUUGAACCGGAAGAAAAGCCACAAGAACCCGAGGAGGUACCUGAGGUAAAGGUUAAGAAAAUAAAGAAGGAGAAGGUUAAACAAGUGGUUGAAGAGAUUCAAGAAGUCAAGGUUAUUGAAGAAACUCCGGAAGAAGUGGUACAAGUUCAAGAAACUGAACCUGAAGAAGCUGUAUUCCAGGUUAAGAAGAAGGUUCCAAAGGAUGUUCCUGAAGAGUUUGAGGCAGAAGUUGUACUCACCACUCCUAAAGAAGAAGAGCAACCUGUAGCUGAGGUCAAGAUCAAACAGAAGAAACCAAAGAAACCUAAGGUAGAGGAAGAAGCAGCAAUGCUUGAAGUUAAGGUUGUUGAAUUUGAAGCUCCUGAAAAACCAGAAGAAGAAGAAAAGGUAGUUGAGGUAAUUGAAACUGUUCCAGAGGAACCAAAGAAACCCGUUGAGAAAAUUAAAGAGGUUAAAAUUAUUGAAACUGAGCCAAAACCUAAAGAACAACCAUUCUAUGAAGUUUCAGUUGUUGAAGAAGAAGCACCGGAAAUUCCUGAAGAAGAAGCACCAAUACAAGAAGUAAAGGUUAUUGAAGAGGAUGUUCGCGAAGUGCAAACUGAAGAAAUUCAAGAAGUUAAGGUGGUCAAAAAGAAGAAGAAGCCUGCACAAAAAGAAGAAGAAGUACCUGAAGUUAAGUUCUCUGUAAGUAAAAAAGAACCAGAAGAGCCAGAAGAAGUACAGGCUGAAGUUGUUCUUUCUGCGCCUAAACCUGAAGAGGUUGAAGAUGUUGAAGUAGAAAUUAAACAGACCAAACCAAAGAAAACAAAACCGGUAGAAGAAGAAUCUGCAAUUCUUGAAGUUAAGGUGAUUGAUAUUGAACCGGAAACUGUUGAAGAAAUUGUCGAAGAGGUGAAGGUUGUAAAGAAAAAACCAAAGAAGCCUGUUGUUGAGGAAGUUGAAGAAGCUCCACAAGAGUUCAAGGUUAAACUUGCCAAGGAAGAGCCAGAAGAAGAGGUCUUAGAACAAGCAUUUACAAUCAAACCCAAAAAGAAACCAAUUGUUCAAGAUGAACCGGAAGACGUUGAAGCUGAGUUCAAGCUUCCUGUUACUAAAACAGUUGAAGAAGUUACCGAAGAUGCACAGAUAAAAAUGAAGAAACCAAAGAAAAAGGUUAAGGAAGAAGCUGCUGCUGAACUUAAGGUUAAGGUUGUUGAAGAAGUACCAUAUGAAGGACCAGCUGAAGAAAUUAUUAUUCAGGAAGAAGAAGAAGAGGCACCUUAUGUUGUUGAAGAACCCGAAGAAGAGGAACAAGUAAUUGAACAUAAGAUUCGAGUAAUUGAAGAAAUUCCUCAAGAAAUCGUUGAAGAAAUUAUUGAACAACCAGAGGAACCAGUUCCUGAAGAAAAGGUUCAAGAAGAAAAGGUUAAACUUCCAAAGAAGAAGAAGCCAGUUGUUGAAGUUGUUGAAGAACCUGAAGCUGAAGUUACUCUUCCUCAAAAGAAACCAGUUGAACAAGUUACAGAAGAUGCCGAAAUUAAGGUUAAGAAACCGAAGAAACCUAAAAAGGUUGAAGAAGAAGCAGCUGAUUUCAAGAUUACAAUUGUCGAAGAAGUUCCACAGGCUCCACAAAUUGAAGAGGUUGUUGAAAUAGAAGAAAUCAUUGAACAACCUAAGGAAGAAGAAAAGAAACCAGAAGAAAUUCCUAAACAAUAUGAAAUCAAGAUUCAAGAAAUUGAACCUGAAGAAAUUCCAGAAGAGGCACAAUUUAAGGUUAAACCCAAGAAGGUUGUUGAAGAAGAAGAAGAAGUUGCCGAAGUGAAGAUUAAGGUGGCAGAAAAGAAGGUUGUUAAAGAGGAACAAGUUGAAGAAAAGAUUGUUAUGAAGAAACCGAAGAAAAAGAAGCCCGUCGAAGAAACAUUUGAAGAGGCUAGCAUUAAACUUAUUCAACCUGUUGAGCCUGAGGAAGAACAAAUUGCCGAAGUAACGCUUAAACCGAAAAAACCAAAAGAAAUUCAAGAAGAAGAACAAGAAGUUAGCGUUGAAAUGAAGCUUCCUAAACAGAAGACCGAAGAUACACCAGAAGAAGCACUCACUUUGAAAAAGAAGAAGAAACCAAAACGCGUUGAAGAAGCUGCAGCUGAACUUGAAAUCCAACAGGAAGUUAUAAUCGAAAGACCUGUUGAAAUUGAAGAAGAAGAAAUAAUUGAAGAAGCUGUUUUCAAGCGAAGACCAUCAAAACUGGUACCUACUGUUGAAGAUCUUGACGAAGAAGAAGUUAGUAUGUCUUUGAAGAAACCUCGUAAAAUUAACGAAGGUGUCGAAGGUGAAGCUACAGUUACCAAGAAACGUCCAGUCAGACCUGUACAGGAUGCUGGUGAAGAAAGUGCUGAAUUGGUUAUACGAAAACUUGAAGAAUAUGAAGAAACCGAUGACGUUGAAGAAUUUGUUGUUUCUAAGAAACCUAAACCAAUGCCAAAACAAAUUACUGAUAUACAAGAUCAAGAAUAUACCAUCAAGAAAUUAAAGAGACGCAAGAAGAGCAGCGUUGACAUUCCUGAAUUCACCGAUGUUGAAAAUGUCACUUUCCGUGCCAAAUCUACAAAAACCAAAGAAGAUGUUGAUCAAGAGUUUAACAUCGAUUUGGACUCGUAUGCCGAAGAAGAAAUUUCAAUGUCAUCCAAGGUGAAAGUUAAACGUCCUAUCAAGAAGACCUUUGCUGAAGCUGCGGAUGAAGCUCAAAUUAAGAUCAUCCAAGAUUAUGACGAUGGUGAAGAACAAAUUAUUGAAGAAAUCGUUGAUAGCAGUGAUGGUGAAGACAACACUAUGUAUGAUGUUGAAGAGCCAGAAGAAUUCCAAGCCGAAGAACUACCACCCGAUGAAGUUGAGUUCAAACUUAAGCCAAAAUCAAAACCUAAACCGAGAUACUCUGUGCAACAUGAAGAUGGCGAAGAAAUUCUGCUGGCAUUUAAACCCAAGCGUCAUGAAGACUCGGUGACAUUUGAUGAAGACUCAUUGACGUUCCACAAGAAGCGCAAGAUGACACAGCAAAUCUUCAAUGAAGAUGGCGCUUCUUUGAACAUUACCCGGGAAGCACAAGUUGAAGAAACUGAUGGUGAAGAAAACGUCAUGUACUCCAUUUGCAAUUACAUCGCUGACAACGACGAAGCCAUCAAUUUAGUUGAAGGCGAGAAGGUCUAUGUUGUUGGACGUCACAGCUCUGAAUGGUGGUUUAUUCGCAAGAACCUAACUGCUGAAGAAGGUUGGGUCCCAGCCCAAUAUCUUAUGGAACCUGCAGCCUACACUCUUUACGUGCAGAAGAAACUUCACGAGAAGAUCGACAAAUUGCCUGUCUUUGAACGACCUGGUCCAAAUGAAAAACCCAUGGCACCACGUUUCAUCGAGAAAUUGCAACCAAUUCACACACCCGAUGGAUAUACUGUACAAUUUGAAGGCAAAGUUGAGGGUGUACCACGCCCACAAAUCGCAUGGUUCCGUCAAACUGCCAUUAUUAAGCCAUCUCAAGACUUCCAAAUGUAUUACGAUGAUGAUAAUGUGGCAACGCUGAUUAUCCGGGAAGUCUUCCCUGAAGAUGCCGGUAUGUUUACAUGUGUGGCAAAGAAUGCCGCUGGUUUUGCAUCGACUACCACAGAAUUGGUGGUCGAAACACCAUUAUCCGAUCAUGGAUCUGAUGCUACCGGCUUGUCACGUAAGAGUUUGUCACGUGAAUCAUCUCUCGCUGACAUUCUUGAAGGUAUACCACCAACCUUCUCACGUAAACCACGUGCACAAUAUGUCGAUGAAGGCCAGAAUGUGAUCUUAGAAUGCCGUUUGGUAGCCGUUCCCGAACCAGAUAUCGUAUGGACAUUUAACGGCGAAGAAGUGAUCACCGAAAAGAACGUUAAGGUGGCAACAGAAUCUGAUAUGCACAUGUACUGUAGUAUUAUACACAUCACCAAGGUAAAAAAAUCACAAGAAGGUGUUUACGAAGUUAUUGCCACAAAUCGUGAAGGUGAAUCACGUUUGCCAAUUGUUCUUAAGGUGAAAACAGAUGAAAAAGAACCACCACAAAUUCUGGAACCCCUAAGAAAUAUGAUAAUUCGUGAGGGUGAAAGUGCAGUCCUAACAACACAAAUUGUUGGUAAUCCACCGCCAAAGAUCACCUGGUCUAAGGAUGGUAAACCAGUUAAGGCGAAUACAAAGUCCGAAAAAGAUACACAUACUUUGACAUUGAUUUCGCCCAAACUGACAGAAAAGGGUGAAUACACUGUUAAGGCAGUGAAUCCACUGGGAAGUGUUGAGACCACAGCAUAUUUGACAAUUGAAGAAGCGGCAAGUGGAAACGCUGAGCCACCACUCUUCAUCGAACGCUUCCAAGAACAAUCAGUACCUCAAAAGGGAACAAUCAGCCUUACAGCCAAGGUUACUGGUAACCCAGUACCUGAAGUUAGUUGGCUCUUUAACAACAAUCCAUUAGAACCAUCCAAACGUGUGCAAUUACGUUAUGAUGGUGAAAUGAUUGAACUUACCAUUACCAAUGCCAACCCUGAAACUGAUUCUGGUGAUUAUAAAUGCAUUGCCAGUAAUCCAGUUGGUAAUACAUCACAUGGAGCUCGUGUCAUUGUUGAAGUUGACGAAGUCACAUUUACCAAGAAAUUGAAAAAGAACAUUAGCAUUGAAGAAACUCAAUCUUUGACACUUGAAUGCGAGACAUCACAUGUUGUUUCAACAAAAUGGUUCUUCAACAACAAAGAACUUAGUGGCAUGGAUCAUAGAGUUGUUGUUGAAGAUGGCAAAGUACAUAAGCUCUUUAUUAAGACAACAAAUCUUCGUGAUGCUGGUAAUUAUGUAUGCAAAGUUAAGAAUCAAGAAACUCAAUCAACUGUUGAGGUUUUGCAACGUAAGCCAGAGUUUAUUCGUCCACUUCAAGACUUUGAAGUCAAGGAGAAGGAAGAUGCAUACUUUGAGGUAGAAAUAUCUUCUGACGCUGCUGAAGUUACCUGGGUAAGAGAAGGUGAGAAAAUCACACCUGAAAACAAGAGGUUCGAAAUAAUUAAGGAAGGAAAGAUCCGUAAGUUGAUUAUUCGUGAGUCCUCCAUUCAUGAUGAAGGUGAAUUCACAUGUGUGCUUGAAGAUCAAGAGUGCACAGCUGAACUUAUUGUUAUUGAAUUACCACCACAAAUUAUUCGUAAGAUGGAUGACGUUACCGUUACUAAAGGUGAAACGGCUACAUUUGAAAUUGAACUCACCAAGGGUGAUGCUUUGGUGAAAUGGUUUAAAAAUGGCAAAGAACUUCAGUUCUCCGAACAUGUUCAACUCAGUAUCGAUGGUAAACGUCAAAUGUUGAAGAUUUUCAAAUCUCAACCAGAUGACGCUGCCGAGUAUACAUGUCAAGUUGGAGAUCAAACGUCAAAGGGAAAAUUAGUUGUUGAAGAACCAAUGGUUGAAUUCACUGUCAAAUUGCCAGAUGUCACUUUGGCAACUAAAUCAACUGAUGCUGAGUUUGUUUGUGAACUUUCACGACCAGAUGUCGAAGUGACAUGGUACAAGAAGGGCAAGAAAGUUACACCGAAUAAGAAACAUGACGUUUAUGUUGAAGGCACAGUUCGUCGUUUGGUUAUCCAUGAUGCCGAUGAAGAUGAUGUUGGAGAGAUAAGUUGCACAGCUAUUAACGUAACGACAGUUACUAAGCUGUGUGUUGAAGAAAUAAAAACUGCUCCAAUCAUUAUUUCUGACAAGGAACAAACAAUUAAGGUUAAGGAAAAUGAUGACGUCACUAUGACAGUUAAGUUCAGUGGUAAACCACAACCAGAGGCUACUUGGUCGACAUCGAAAACGGUUGUUAAAAAGAACAAUAGGGUAACGCCAACAAUUGAUGACGCUUCAGCUUCGUUAACAAUUCGCAAAGUUGUUGAAGAGGAUGAAGAUGAAUAUAUUGUCAAGUUGGUUAAUCCAGUUGGGGAUGCCGAAGCUAGUAUUAAUUUGGUGAUCAUGAGACCACCAAAAGCCCCAGGCUCACCACAACCAUUGGAAGUUAUGCACGAUUCGAUUACUCUUUACUGGAAGGCACCAGAAGAUGAUGGCAAAUCCGAGAUCACAGAAUACAUCCUCGAAUACCAGGAUGUUAAAAUACAAAAAUGGAUUGAAAUCCGUAAGAUCAAGGAAACUACUUAUACUCUGACCAAAUUACAAGUCGACUCAGAAUACGUAUUCCGAGCUAUAGCUGUCAACGAAGUUGGUCCGAGUCCACCAUCACCACUUUCACCACCCAUUCGUUUGGUUGCUGAGAAGAAAACCGAAAAGCCAACAGUUCAACAACCACUUCAAGAUAUUACCAGUGAACUCGACAAAGAGGUCACUCUAUCUUGCAUCUUUGGUGGUAUUCCAGAACCUAAAAUUACAUGGAAAAAGAAUGGUAAAACUAUCGAAUCCACUAGCAUUCGCUAUGAGAAUCGUGUAUCCAAAUACACAAUUGAAAAGACAACAGUUGAGACUGAAGCUACAUACACAUGUGUGGCAGAAAAUGAAGUUGGUUCAGUGGAAACUUCAUGCAAAAUCAUAAUUCGCGAGAAACCGACAAUAGAAAUCGAUGAGAAAUAUAUUGUACAGAAAUUAAAGACAGACAGCACAUUAACCAUUCCAGCGAGAAUCCGAGGCUAUCCACAACCGAAAAUAACAUGGUUCAAGGAAACAACGGAAAUAACAACAACCAAGCGGACUGUUAUUGAAACAAUCGAAACGUCAUCAACUGUCACCAUUACAAAAUUGACACGUGAAGAUUCGGGUCGUUAUAAGGUGACAGCUACAAAUACUGCUGGAACAACAAGUGUGGAUGUUACUGUACAAGUAAUUGAUAAACCACAACGUCCAAAUUCAUUGGAAAUUAAGGAAAUGAAGAAGGAUUCCAUUAAAUUGGAAUGGACACCACCAAUUGAUGAUGGUGGCUUGGAAGUUACAAAAUACAUUCUGGAAAAAUGCGAUAUACAAAAUAAUGUUUGGAUGAAGGUUGCUGAAAUGGACACAAGCAUAUGCUCGUAUUCCGUGCAAAAACUUGCAAUGAAUAGCCAGUACAUGUUUAGGGUCUAUGCCAGCAAUCCCAUCGGUAUAUCGGAUCCAACAGAAAGUGAACCGGUUACGAUAGCUAAGAAAAUGGACAAACCAACACCGCCACGUGAACCGCUAGAUGUAUGCGGUAUGACUGAAACUUCAUUUACACUCUCUUGGGAAGCAUCCGAAUCGGAUGGUGGCAGCAAGAUCAUCGAAUAUAUUGUUGAAAUUAAAGAAAUCCAUGAGACUGAAUAUAGACUCUUGGGCAGUUCGAAUGGAAAUAUAACAAAUAUAUUUGUUAGUAAUGUUGUGAAAGACAAGGCCUAUAACUUUAGAAUAUUUGCCAAGAAUGAAGUUGGCAUUAGUGAAGCAUUAGAGACUGAAGAUAAGAUUAUUGUUGGCAGGAGAAUAACACCUCCAUCCCCACCACAAAAUCUUAGAGCGCCAGAUGUGACAAGCAGAAGCGUCACUUUGGAUUGGGAAGUUCCAAUCAGCAAUGGCGGAUCUGAAAUCACUGGUUACGUUAUUGAAAAACGUUCAUCGACAUCAACAAAAUGGACAAAGGUUGUAACAUUGGAUGCCCAUUGUCUACAAUAUACAAUUGAAAACUUGAAAGAAAAAUGCGAAUAUACAUUUAGGGUAUUUUCUGAAAAUUCAGUUGGUUUAAGUAUACCAGCAAACACCGAUAGCAUUUCACUUAAAACACACGCAACCGUUCCAUCACCACCAACUGGUCCAUUGGAAGCAAGAGUUAUUGCUGCCAAUGCACAUAUCUUCGAAUGGGGUAUACCCGAGUCAGAUGGAGGUGCGCCACUGCUCGGUUAUAAUAUUGCCAUUCGUGAUUUACGCAAGACAAUGUGGAUUGAAGUUGGACGUGUGCCACCAGAUAUACAAAGAUUCCAAAUUAAGGAUCUGCAAGAAAAUCAUGAAUAUAUGAUUCGUAUAUUUGCUAGAAAUGAAAUUGGUUUAAGUGAACCUUUAGAGUCUGAAGAACCAUACAAGGUUAUAACAACGGGUCACGAGAUGCUACCCGAUGAACCACGAACUGAAAUGACUGGUAUGAGUACAGACAAUACAUCGUCCUGGUUACGUGAUCAUAACAUGGAUGCGGACAUUCAUUCAUAUGCCCGUGCCAAACUACUACGCAAGGAUGAAUAUUUCUUCCGAAUUUUUUGCAAUGCUGGCAAAUUGUUCAAAUAGAAAUUUGAAAAAACAAACUUAACCCAGCUAGUAACGAAUUAUAAAUAUAAAAAAAAAAACUUAUACAAUACAUUGAUUAUUUAGUUUUAAGUUAAUUAUGUACUUAAUUAAGAUAUUUAUUGAUUUCAUUAUAUACAAUAAUUAUUUUAAAUAAUUUUAAUUUAUCAAAACGUUUAUAUCAAAAAAAAAAAGUAAGAGUUGCCAUUUUUAAACAUUAAAUAAGGAUCUAAAUGGCAUUUCAAAAAACCCCAUAAUAAUAUAAAAAGUGCGAGCGAAGAUAUAAUACAAAAAUAAAAUAAAAUUUGAAAUGUCAGUUAAGAAUCCUUUAAAGUGUUUAAGAGUGAUCGCAACUAACGAUUUCUCUUUUAUACAAAAACAAUUUUUUUAUAAUUCUUUUUGUAAACUGUGAUAAAUUUUACUAAAAGAGAAUUCUAAAUUUGUAAAAUCGAUAAUGUAAGUGAGACAGGUAUUGUGCCUGGAGAUCUAUUGAAAUUGCAAUGUUUGAUUCUUUUUUUUUUAGGGAGACAAAAAAAUAUAGGUGCGAACGAAUAUUUUAUACAUAAAACUUUAUUUAAAACAACAUCAAAUAAUUAAAUUUUAUGUUAAAAAAAAAAGAUUUUCAAAUAUGGCAAUUUUCAAUGUGAUCUUUUGAGUAAAAACUUACACUACCGAAACGAAACCCCGAUUUGUAAAACAAAAACAUGACGUAAUAAAAGAUCAAAUAAAGAACAAUAUUAUGUAAA